AUGGAGGGGCUGGAGGUGGAGGACAUUAGUCCUGCCCUGGAGGCCACUGAGGACUUCCUACACUGCCUGGAUGGAGGUGGAGGCCAAAGCCACUGCCAGGGAGGGGAGGGGUUCCGGCAUCCCAGGCAACACCACCCCAAGCUGCAGGAGAUGUCUGCAGCUCUGGGGAAGCUGAGCUCUAGCGGGGUGUGGGGCCUGCUGGCCAGGGAGCAGGGGACUGAGGUGUCCCCCCGUAACGUGGCCUGGGCUGACCAGCCCUCUGCCUUCAGCGUGCUGGGUCUGAGGCACGGGAAAAGGAGUCGUGCUCGUUCCACCAACGACCUGGCUGCCCACACCAAGGACACCAACAACACCACCUCUAACUCCUCCAACACCGCCUUUAAGAAAGGCCACAACCGCUCGCGUUCUGAUGUCAACUACCGGCCGUCCUACACAGACAACGCUAACGGCCUGCCUGCUGUGGACAAGAACACGCUGAAGAACAUGGCUCUCAACAACCAGAGAGAAGAAGGUAAGGCAGGAAGUUAGAGUUUGUCCUUCUUUGGUUAGCUGAUAAGGACAUACAGCUUAUUUAUUAUUGGUUAGUACUAGGGCUGUGAUGGUAAUUGAAUAACCGUGUAAGUGACAGUUAUAGGCAAGACCGUCAUGAAAAUAAAAUAACCAUCAAAACCAUUUAAAUAGUCCUACAUACAUUUUUAGAACAACAUAUUUUUAUUAACUAUAUUUUCAUAUAGAUAAACUUGACCUAAUAGUGGGAGUAUUCGCUAUUGAUUAUAAGCAAUUGUUUUGCUAACUAAGUCUGUCUAUUAAACUGUCUGCAUCUCCUCUUUCCAAUGGUCGUUUGAUGCUCCAGCAGCUAAACCGCUAGAUGCGCGGGGGUGUAGAAGAGCUAGCCUAUAGACUAUGGCACUUGAUGUGUAGACUUUCUUUUAUACAAUGCAUGUUUUCAUUGCUGGCUAGUAAAUAAAUAAAUCGGUCUUCUAAAAAAGGUUGGAUGUGUCUGACUUCAUUAAUUAUUCAACAGCAGUCGACAAUGUUGUUCUGGCUCUGAGGCCUAUAAUGCGCCAAUGUUGUGUCAAAUGAACAAUGCGCCAAUCCCCCCCCCUCCCCCAACGAUUAUGUCAGUGACCGUGUACAUUGGCCUGGCCAAUUACCGCAACCUCAAAUUCCAAGACCGUCACAGCCCUAGUUGAUACUCAAAUCAAUGCUAGUGUCUAUGAGCUUUAAACAAAUAUUUAAAACAUUUGCUAAAUAAGCUUAUGCUAUCAUGACAUGUACUUUUCCUUGUUGUGUCAGAGACUAGAUUAAGGUUAGGACUAGUUUCCACUUUUGUCAUUAUGAAGAUAAUUUCAGCGUCCUAUAGAAAAACAAUUAGGCCUAGGCUAUGAAACAGCUGUACUGCAGCAGCCAGUAUUGGAUUCUUCUGGAACACAGCAAUGGCCACUCAGGAUCAAAUCAAAUGUUCUUUGUCACAUGCUUCGUAGACAACAGGUGUAGACUAACAGUGAAGUACUUACUUACGGGUUCAUUUCCAACAAUGCAGAGUUAAAGAUAAGAUAUAACAAAAUAGAAAUAGUGACAUGAGGAAAAAUACACAGUGAAUAACGACUAAAAAUAACAUGGCUAUAUAUAGGGAGUAGAAAAUAACAUGGCUAUAUAUAGGGAGUAAAAAUAACAUGGCUAUAUAUAGGGAGUAGAAAAAUAACAUGUCUAUAUGCAGGGAGUAGAAAAUAACAUGGCUAUAUAUAGGGAGUAGAAAAUCACAUGGGCUAUAUGCAGGGAGUAGAAAAUAACAUGGCUAUACAGGGAGUAGAAAAUAACAUGGCUAUAUAACAGGGAGUUAAAAAUAAAUGGCUAUAUACAGGGAUAGAAAAUACAUGGCUAUAUCAGGGAGUAGAAAAUAACAUGGCUAUAUUCAGGGAGUAGAAAAUAACUGGCUAUAUAUAGGGAGUAGAAAAUAACAUGGCUAUAUAUGGAGUAGAAAAUAACAUGGCUAUAUAUAGGGAGUAGAAAAUAACAUGGCUAUAUAUAGGGAGUACAAAAUAACUGGCUAUUAUAGGGAGUAGAAAUAACAUGGCUAUAUAUGGGAGUUAAAAAAUAACAUGGCUAAUAAGGGAGUAGAAAAAAAACAGGGUAUAUAUAGGGAGGGGAAAAUAACAGGCUAUUACGGGGAGUAGAAAAUAACAGGCCCCUAAUAGGGAGUAAAAAAACAUGGCUAAUACAGGGAUAGAAAAAAAACAGGGUAUAUGCAGGGAGUAGAAAAUAACUGGAAAUUGCGGGAUAUAAAAAAAACAGGCUAUAUAUAGGUAGAAAAAAUAACGGCUAUAUAUAGGGAGAUAAAAAACGGGGCUAUAUGCAGGGAGAGAAAAAAACAUGGCUUAUGGGGAGUAGAAAAUAACAUAAAAAUAUAAAAAAAUAUCCAAAAUUUAGCAGACGCUUUACCCAAAAGCAUUUACAGCAUCGUGCAUACUUUUGUGUAGGGGGGGUCCCGGGAUCGAACCCACUACCUUGGCAGGGCAUAUAUGGGGAGUAGAAAAAAAUGGCUAUUAGGGAGUAGAAAAAUAAAGGCAUAUAUGGGGAGUGAAAAAAACGGGCAAAUAUAGGGAGUAGAACAUAAUGGCUAAUAAAUAUAGGGAUAGAAAAUAACAUGGCUAUAUAUAGGGAGUAGAAAUAAACAUGGCUUAUAUAUAGGGAGUAGAUAUAACAUGGCUAUAUAGGGAGUAGAAAAUAACAUGGCUAUAUGCAGGGAGUAGAAAUAACAUGGCUAUAUACAGGGAGUAGAAAAUAACAUGGCUAUAUACCAGGGAGUAGAAAAUAACAUGGCUAUAUACAGGGAGUAGAAAAUAACAUUGCUAUAUUUACAUUUACAUUUAAGUCAUUUAGCAGACGCUCUUAUCCAGAGCGACUUACAAAUUGGAUGAACAUGUCUGCCCUUAGCUCCUCAGGGUUAAUGGGAAUAGCAGCAGACAUUCAUAAGCUUCAUUUGACCUUCCAGCAGAACUCAAUAAUAUCACAGAAAAAUAAUAACAUCAUACACAAUAGAAUUCAACCACCUGGAGAGAGAUAGCUAGCCUGAGCGUUUCCACAGGAAAUUAGAAUCAAUUGGCCAAGCAGUACCACAGGGAAAGGGGAUACCUAUUCAGUUGCACAACUCAAUGCAUUCAACCAAAAUGUGUCUUCCGCAUUUAACCCAACCCCUGCUGCACCUAGGUCAGUAGGACACACAGUGUCCCAAUUAGGCUUGGGCGGUAUACCGUAUAUACCGUAUAAUGGGUUAUUUGGAAAUAGCCACGGGAUGGUUUUUCAAUACCGUUAUAUUAUUUCUUUGAAGUUUUUUAAAUAAAUGUGAAUAUUUGUUGCUACUUUUUAAGUAAAUCCCUCAAGUCAACUUAUACGUUAGGAGAUAAAGAAGAUCGCAUUCUUCAUUUCACCUGUCACAUAAUGUUUCAUUAUGAAGCUUACCGGUAGUCUCCAGUCACGUGGUGUUUGUUUCACAAGCACACAACGACGAGAGACCAGAGGCUUGUGAGUCACUCACUGUUGUUCAGCACAAGUCAGGUGAUCUAGUUACAGUAUGGAAUUUACAACUAAAUGUUUUGCCAGCGAGAUAUCUUAUAACUAUUAAGUUUACUGUCUAAAAUGUGGCAAAUGCUUUGGUUUGCUAAUUUAGUAGCUAGUUAGCUAUCUAGCUAAGUGGGUUAACUUCUUCCAAAAUAAAGCUUUGCUUGGUAACAGCAGAAAAUCCCUACCCGGAACAAGAGCCUUGCUGUCUAAUAUUUGUUUUGUGCGUGCAGCAAACUGAGAGUAGCAUUUUUUUUGUUACUUGUAUAACUUUUGCAUUUAGUUAGCAUUCUAUAUGGGUUUUACAUGUACUUGUUUAGCAUUGCUAACCUUUGGAUUAGAGGCAGAGUGGGGUUUGAAAAUAGCGCUCCUUGUGUUCAGUGCCGGUAUUACCGAAUAUCCCGGUAUGGCACAAGGUUGGUAUAAUAAUAAUAAUAAUAAUAAUAAUAAGCCAUUUAGCAGACGCUUUUAUCCAAAGGGACUUACAGUCAUGUGCGCAUAAAUUUUUACGUAUGGGUGGUCCCGGGGAUCGAACCCACUACCCUGGCGUUACAAGUGCCAUGCUCUACCAUUGAGCUACAGAGGACCACAUAAGGUAUGAUAAUCUGGAUACCGCCCAAGCCCAGUCUCAAUACUCAACAGUGGCUUCCUCUCACUGGCUAGAACCUAUCCUACUAGUGUCGGAUCAAGCCGGGUGAAGAAAAGGAAAGAAGGAAAGGAGACAAGUAAAGGAGGCACUGUAGAGUAUUGAGAUAAAGCCAUUGCCCUCAUUUUCAGUUCUGGCUUGAAAGUAUUUUAAAACAUGUGAGAUGGGACGAGGUGGUGGUAGAAGAGGUUACAUUAUUUAUCUUCAAAUAUUUUGGUGUGCUACAAGUCCUGUAUAACAUGUUUCAAAGCUGUUGAUAGACUGCUGCAAGACAGAUUGACUGAAAGUCUGAAUAUAAUAAUAAUAAUAAGUCUUACUAUAAUAAUACUGACUACAGUAUAUAAUAUGGAAAUGUAACCAUACUGGGUAGUGGUCACCAACUGGUCGAUCUUCAAGGCAUUCCUAGUCGAUCACCAACGAUAAAGGCCUGUUGCGCUGUUGGUGGUAGAUGCACUUGAUUCAGAAGUCCUGUUCACCCGGGUAGGGCAAAUUAUUCCCAGUUGAACCAUUUCAUAUGUCUGAAAAGACAAACUUCCCGCCUACCUGCAGACCGGAGAUCUGUGGCUAAAUUGAGGUGUGCCUACUGUGCUGGCCAAUCAGAUAGCUCAAAUCACUGUGUCUACCUACAGCUUCCCCGGCCACAGACUAGCCUACGUGAGAUUUCAAUACCUUUUAAAACCAUGACCAGAGAGAGACUGUCAAAGAAUACAGCAAAGAGCUGCUGUUUUUAUGAGUGUCUAAGUUUUUUAAGCACUUUACAAAAACGAAACGCCAAUUCCCUCUCUUCCACCAGCUGCAAUUAAUGAGUAGCCAAUAUAUCAAUGCCCUGCUUUUUAUUUUAUAACUGUUUUAUCUAUUUUUAAUGUCGGGGUAUUUUUUACUUUCUUUAAAGCAUAGAACAACGAAAAUUUUUUCCUAGGGAAAUGCGGUUACGACUUGAUUUCCCUCGUUGGGAAAAAUUUUUUUUGUCCCCUCUUUCGGUCAACCCCACCUUUUAGGAAAAGGAGAGAGCGUGACCGUGGAGGCGGGGCCCUUGCUGCUUUCCCCCCCCUCCCUCCAUUGGACAAAUACUUGUUUUAAAAAAAAACUAACUUCCCCUUUUACGUUUAAGAAACGGGAAUCUGGGGAAAAUAGUUUGAAAGGUCAUCCAAAUCGUAACUCGGCAUUUCCCAAACUCCGACUUUUGACCCUGAAAGCCCCUACCUUGAUGCAGGGGACCCACAACCUCCAGUAAAAAAAAAAAACAAAUUAUUUGCAUUUUUGCUCAGCGUGCCUCGCAGGGGCUACCCAAUGAUCUAUUGUUUUUAAAGCUUUAUUUUUUAAAUUUAAAAAGGUCGGGGGGAACAAAAUUGGCAGGCCAGGCAUAAGCCCCAAAAAAACUGUUAAUGUAUUAGGCCAUGCACAAAAUAUUCCCACAAACUGUGGUAAUGUUAAAUUUUUUUAAAAAAGUUUAAAAGAAUUGAGUGGUAGUCUCGCUUUCUUUUUUAUGCAAAAAUGGGUCUGACUAGAAAAGGUUUGGGGACCCCGGACUAGUGAUAGUUUAUGUACUGAAUGGGUUCUCCCCAAGUUUUAAGGGGGCUGAGAACAGGCAGCCCCCAAAUGAAAUAUUCCCCAAAUAAGGUUUUAUUUGGGUGCAAACCCAACCCCCCACGUAAGCCCAAAGUAAUGCAACCCUUUUCCCCCUUUGGCCCCCCGGGCUCACCAUGGAUGAAUGGUCCCUGUAGACAUGAUUUUGGAGUUUUGUUUUUCCUCCUAAAAAUAAAGGUUAGCAUUGGGAAGAGUGACUGAUCCUAGACUUAGUUAAGGUCAAAUUUUAAGGUAAACAUAGCGGGAGUAGAAAAAAAAUGGUAUUAAGGGAAGUAAAAAAAAUGGCAUAUAUAGGGGGUAGAAAAAACAGGCUAUAUGAAGGAGUAGAAAAAAACAGGGUAUAUAUGGGGGUAAAAAAAACAUGGCUAUAACGGGGUAAAAAUAAAAUGGCAUAUAUAGGGAGUAGAAAAAUAAAAAGGGUAAGCGGGAGUAGAAAUAACUGGGUAUUAUAGGGGUAAAAAUAACAGUAAUAUAGGGAGUAGAAAAAAAACAUGGGUAUAAUAGGGGGUAAAAAUAAAAUGGCUAAUUUUAGGGAGUAAAAUAACAGGCCCCUAUGCAGGGAGUAGAAAAAAACUGGCUAUAUAAGGGAGUAGAAAAAACCUGGGUAUAACGGGGGAAAAAUAACAUGGCUAACAGGGGGUAAAAAAACAGGAAAAUAGGAUAGAAAAUAACAUGGCUUUAUAUAGAGGUAGAAAAAAAACAUGGGAUAUGCAGGGAAUAGAAAAAUAAUGGUUAUGCAGGGAUAAAAAAAACCUGGAUAAUAGGGGUAGAAAAAAAACAUGGCUAUAUAUAGGGAGAGAAAUAACAUGGCUAUAUUAGGGAGUGAAAUAACUGGCUAUAUAGGGGUAGAAAAAUAAAGGCUAUAUGCAGGGAGGGGAAAAUAAAAAGGUAUAUACAGGGAUAGAAAAAAAAAAAUGGCUUAUAACGGGAGUAGAAAAAAAUGGGUAUAUGCAGGGGGUGAAAAUAACAUGGCUAUAUAAGGGAGUAGAAAAAAAACAUGGUAUAACAGGGAUAGAAAUAAAUGGCUAUAAAGGGAGUAGAAAAAAAAGGGAUAUGCAGGGAUAGAAAAUAAAGGCAAAAGGGAGUAGAAAAUAAAUGGUUAUAUAGGGAGUAGAAAAAACAUGGUUUAAUUUAGGGAUAAAAAAAUGGCUUAUAUGGGGAGAGAAAAUAACAUGGCUAUAUGCAGGGAGUAAAAAAUAAAUGGUAUUGAGGAGUAGAAAAUAACAGGGCUAAAAUUAGGGAGUAGAAAUUAACAGGGAAAUUAUGGGAGUAAAAAAAUAACAUGGCUUAUUGGGAGUGAAAUAAAGGGCUAAUAUGGGGAUAGAAAAAACAUGGCAAUCAGGGAGAGAAAAAAAGGGGCUUAUACGGGAAGAAAAUAACAGGCUAUAUCAGGGAGUGGAAAAAACAUGGCUAUAUGCAGGGAGUAAAAAUAACAGGCAUAUGAGGGAGUAGAAAAUAACAUGGCUAUAUGCGGGGAGGAAAAUAAAGGCUAUAUAGGGGGAGUAGAAAAUAAAAUGGUUUAAUACAGGGAGUAAAAAUAACAUGGCUUUUUGCAGGGGUAAAAAAAUAACAGGGAAUACGGGAGUAAAAAAAAUAAAGGCAUAUCAGGAGUAGAAAAAACAGGGUAUAUGCAGGGGUAGAAAAAUAACAUGGAAUUAAGGGAGUAAAAAUAACAUGGCUUAAUAUAUAGAAAAAACAGGUAUUUGGGAGUAAAAAAUAAUGGCUAUAUGCAGGGGUAAAAAUAAUGGUUACAGGGAGUAAAAUAACAUGGCUUUCAGGAGUAGAAAAAUACAUGGCUUAUAGGGGUAGAAAAAAAACUGGCUAUAUCGGGGGAGUAAAAAAAUAACAGGGCUAUAAAAAGGGAGUAGAAAAUACAUGGCUUAACAGGGAGUAGAAAAUAACUGGCUAUAUGAGGGAGUAAAAAAAAAACAUGGCUAUAUAAGGAGAAAAAAACAUGGUAUAUUAGGGGUAAAAAAACAUGGCUAUAUUAGGGAUAGAAAAUAACAGGUAUUGCAGGGGUGGGAAAAUAACAUGGCUAUAUACAGGGAGUAAAAUAACAUGGCUAUUAAAGGGAGUAGAAAAAAUAAAUGGCUUUUGGGGGGAGUAAAAAUAACAUCCCUAUAUACAGGGAGUAGAAAAAACAGGCUUUUAUAUAUGGGGAAGUAGAAAAAACAUGGCUAUAGGGGGAGUAAAAAUAACAUGGCAUAUCGGGGGGAAAGAAAAAAAAAUGGCAAUACAGGGAGUAGAAAAUAACGGCUAUAAAAGGGGAGAGAAAAUAACAUGGCUAUUAUAGGGAGUGAAAAAACAUGGCUAUUACGGGGGAGAAAAUAACAUGGCAUACAGGGGAAAAAAAUAACAUGGCUCUACAGGGUAGAAAAAAACAUGGUUUUAAACAGGGUAAAAAAUAACAUGGCUAUAUAUGGGGGUAGAAAAAAACAGGGUUUCGGGGGAGUAGAAAAAUAACAGGGUUAUAACGGGGAGUAAAAAUAACGGGCUAUAGACAGGAGUAGAAAAAAACAUGGCUAUAUAAGGGAGUAGAAAAUAACAUGGCUAUAGCAGGGAGUAAAAAAAAACAGGUAAUAAGGGAGAGAAAAAAAAAGGGGCUAAUCAGGGAGUAGAAAAUAACAUGGCAAUAUGAGUAGAAAAUAACAUGGCAAUGCGGGGAGUAGAAAAACCCCGGGAUAUAUGGGAGAAAAAUAACAGGAAAUAUAGGGAUAGAAAAUAACAGGGCUAUAUGCGGGGAGUAGAAAAUAACAUGGUAUAUAUAGGGAUUAGAAAAUAACGGGCUAUAAAAAGGGAUGAAAAUAACAGGGUAUAUAUAGGGAGUAGAAAAUAAAAUGGUUUUUGGGCAGGGAGUAGAAAAAACAUGGUAAUAAGGGAGUAGAAAAAACAGGGCAUAUACAGGGAGUAAAAAAUAACAUGGCAUAUACGGGGAGUAAAAAAACAGGGCUAUAUCGGGGAGUAGAAAAAAACAUGGCUAUCAGGGUAGAAAAAACAGGGAACGGUAGAAAACAACAUGGCUAUAUGCAGGGAGUAGAAAAUAACAUGGCUAUAUACAGGGAGUAGAAAAUAACAUGGCUAUAUACAGGGAGUAGAAAAUAACAUGGCUAUAUAGGGAGUAGAACAUAACAUGGCUAUAUAUAGGGAGUAGAAAAUAACAUGGCUAUAUGCAGGGAGUAGAAAAUAACAUGGCUAUAGACAGGGAGUAGAAAAUAACAUUGCUAUAUUUACAUUUACAUUUAAGUCAUUUAGCAGACGCUCUUAUCCAGAGCGACUUACAAAUUGGAUGAACAGUGUCUGUCCCUUAGCUCCUCAGGGUUAAUGGGAAUAGCAGCAGACAUUCAUAAGCUUCAUGUUGACCUUCCAGCAGAACUCAAUAAUAUCACAGAAAAUAAUAACAUCAUACACAAUAGAAUUCAACCACCUGGAGAGAGAUAGCUAGCCUAGCGUUUCCAACAGGAAAUUAGAUCAAUUGGCCAAGCAGUACCACAGGGAAAGGGGAUACCUAUUCAGUUGCACAACUCAAUGCAUUCAACCAAAAUGUGUCUUCCGCAUUUAACCCAACCCCUGCUGCACCUAGGUCAGUAGGACACACAGUGUCCCAAUUAGGCUUGGGCGGUAUACCGUAUAUACCGUAUAAUGGGUUAUUUGGAAAUAGCCACGGGAUGGUUUUUCAAUACCGUUAAUAUUAUUUCUUUGAAGUUUUUUAAAUAAAUGUGAAUAUUUGUUGCUACUUUUUAAGUAAAUCCCUCAAGUCAACUUAUACGUUAGGAGAUAAAGAAGAUCGCAUUGUUCAUUUCACCUGUCACAUAAUGUUUCAUUAUGAAGCUUACCGGUAGUCUCCAGUCACGUGGUGUUUGUUCACAAGCACACAACGACGAGAGACCAGAGCCUUGUGAGUCACUCACUGUUGUUCAGCACAAGUCAGGUGAUCUAGUUACAGUAUGGAAUUUACAACUAAAUGUUUGCCAGCGAGAUAUCUUAUAACUAUUAAGUUUACUGUCUAAAAUGUGGCAAAUGCUUUGGUUUGCUAAUUUAGUAGCUAGUUAGCUAUCUAGCUAAGUGGUUAACUUCUUCCAAAAUAAAGCUUUGCUUGGUAACAGCAGAAAAUCCCUACCCGGAACAAGAGCCUUGCUGUCUAAUAUUUGUUUUGUGCGUGCAGCAAACUGAGAGUAGCAUUUUUUUGUUACUUGUAUAACUUUUGCAUUUAGUUAGCAUUCUAUAUGGGUUUUUACAUGUACUUGUUAGCAUUGCUAACCUUUGGAUUAGAGGCAGAGUGGGGUUUGAAAAUAGCGCUCCUUGUGUUCAGUGCCGGUAUUACCGAAUAUCCCGGUAUGGCACAAGGUCGGUAUAAUAAUAAUAAUAAUAAUAAUAAGCCAUUUAGCAGACGCUUUUAUCCAAAGGGACUUACAGUCAUGUGCGCAUAAAUUUUUACGUAUGGGUGGUCCCGGGGAUCGAACCCACUACCCUGGCGUUACAAGUGCCAUGCUCUACCAAUUGAGCUACAGAGGACCACAUGAAGGUAUGAUAAUCUGGAUACCGCCCAAGCCCAGUCUCAAUACUCAACAGUGGCUUCCUCUCACUGGCUAGAACCUAUCCUACUAGUGUCGGAUCAAGCCGGGUGAAGAAAAGGAAAGAAGGAAAGGAGACAAGUAAAGGAGGCCACUGUAGAGUAUUGAGAUAAAGCCAUUGCCUCAUUUUCAGUUCUGGCUUGAAAGCAUUUUAAACAUGUGAGAUGGGACGAGGUGGUGGUAGAAGAGGUUACAUUAUUUAUCUUCAAAUAUUUUGGUGUGCUACAAGUCCUGUAUAACAUGUUUCAAAGCUGUUGAUAGACUGCUGCAGACAGAUUGACUGAAAGUCUGAAUAUAAUAAUAAUAAUAAGUCUUACUAUAAUAAUACUGACUACAGUAUAUAAUAUGAAAUGUAACCAUACUGGUAGUGGUCACCAACUGGUCGAUCUUCAAGGCAUUCCUAGUCGAUCACCAACGAUAAAGGCCUGUUGCGCUGUUGGUGGUAGAUGCACUUGAUUCAGAAGUCCUGUUCACCGGGUAGGCAAAUUAUUCCCAGUUUGAACCAUUUCAUAUGUCUGAAAAGACAAACUCCGCCUACCUGGCAGACCGGGAGAUCUGUGGCUAAAUUGAGUGUGCCUACUGUGCUGGCCAAUCAGAUAGCUCAAAUCACUGUGUCUACCUACAGCUUCCCCGGCCACAGACUAGCCUACGUGAGAUUUCAUAACUUUUAAAACCAUGACCAGAGAGAGACUGUCAAAGAAUACAGCAAAGAGCUGCUGUUUUUAUGAGUGUCUAAGUUUUAUUAAGCACUAUUACAAAACGUAAAGCGCGCAAUUCCCUCUACUUCCACUCACGCUGCAAUGAAUGAGUAGCCAAGUAUAUCAAUAGCCCUGCAUUUUUAUUAUUAUUAGCAGCUCGUUGUAUCUAUUUUAAUGUCGAGGAGUAUUUCACUUUCUUUAGUCAUAGGAACAACCUGAAUUUAUGCCUGAGGCAGAUGCGGUACGACUUGAGUUUCGCCAUCAGUUGAAAGAUUGUGUCCCCUCUUUCUGGUCAAUCUCACCUGAGGAAAGGAGAGAGCAGUGACCGUGAGAGGCGGACCCUCUGCUGCUCUCUCCCUCCCUCCAUUGAGACUAAUACUGUGUUCAAAAGAACUGAAAUCUCCGACUUCUGAGCGUUCAAGACAACUGGGAACUCUGGGGAAAAUAGUUUUGAACGGUCAUCCAACUCGGUAACUCUGGCAUCUUCCUAGAGCUCCGACUUUCUGACCUGAAAGCACCAUACCCAUCUGAUGCAGGUACCACACCUCCAGUAAAAUAAAAAAGCAAAUUAUUAGCAUUUAUGCUCAGCUGUGCCUCGCAGGUGCUACACCAACUGAUCUAGUUGUUAUCAAAGCUUGAGUUUUGAAAUAUAAUAAGGUCUGAGGAGAACAAUAUUGGCAGGCCAGGCAUAUAGCCAAUAUGCUGUGAUAAUGUAUUAGGCCUACUGCACAAACCUCAUUCCUACAGAACUGUUAGGUUAAUGUUAAAUUUUUUAAGUAAAGUUUAAAAGAAUCUGAGUGGUAGAUCUCAGCUUGCUUUUUGACUGCAAAAGUGAUCUUGACUCAGAAAAGGUUGGUGACCACUGGACUAGCUGAUAUGUAUUAUGUACUGAAUGGAGUUCUCCUUAAGUUUGAUAAGGGGGCUGAGACACAGGCAGCAUCUCAAAUGAAACCCUAUUCCCUAAAUAAGGUGUCAUUUGGGAUGCAAACCCAACCCCUACGUAAUGCCAACGUAAUGCAACCUGUGUCACCCUUGGCCCGGACUCACAGAGUAGGAUGAAGUGGUCCCUAGUAGACACUGAUCUUAGGUCAGUUUUGUGUUUUCCAUCCUAACAGUAAAGGUUAGCAUUGGGAGAGAGUGAGCUGAUCCUAGAUCUGUAGUUAAGGUCAACUUAUUAAGGUCAACAUAGCCAGGGAGUAGAAAAUAACAUGGCUAUAUACAGGGAGUAGAAAAUAACAUGGCUAUAUAUAGGGAGUAGAAAAUAACAUGGCUAUAUGCAGGGAGUAGAAAAUAACAUGGCUAUAUAUAGGGAGUAGAAAAUAACAUGGCUAUAUACAGGGAGUAGAAAAUAACAUGGCUAUAUAUAGGGAGUAGAAAAUAACAUGGCUAUAUGCAGGGAGUAGAAAAUAACAUGGCUAUAUAUAGGGAGUAGAAAAUAACAUGGCUAUAUAUAGGGAGUAGAAAAUAACAUGGCUAUAUAUAGGGAGUAGAAAAUAACAUGGCUAUAUAUAGGGAGUAGAAAAUAACAUGGCUAUAUGCAGGGAGUAGAAAAUAACAUGGCUAUAUACAGGGAGUAGAAAAUAACAUGGCUAUAUACAGGGAGUAGAAAAUAACAUGGCUAUAUGCAGGGAGUAGAAAAUAACAUGGCUAUAUACAGGGAGUAGAAAAUAACAUGGCUAUAUAUAGGGAGUAGAAAAUAACAUGGCUAUAUAUAUAGGGAGUAGAAAAUAACAUGGCUAUAUGCAGGGAAUAGAAAAUAACAUGGCUAUAUGCAGGGAGUAGAAAAUAACAUGGCUAUAUAUAGGGAGUAGAAAAUAACAUGGCUAUAUAUAGGGAGUAGAAAAUAACAUGGCUAUAUAUAGGGAGUAGAAAAUAACAUGGCUAUAUAUAGGGAGUAGAAAAUAACAUGGCUAUAUGCAGGGAGUAGAAAAUAAAUGGCUAUAUACAGGGAGUAGAAAAUAACAUGGCUAUAUACAGGGAGUAGAAAAUAACAUGGCUAUAUGCAGGGAGUAGAAAAUAACAUGGCUAUAUGCAGGGAGUAGAAAAUAACAUGGCUAUAUGCAGGGAGUAGAAAAUAACAUGGCUAUAUAUAGGGAGUAGAAAAUAACAUGGCUAUAUACAGGGAGUAGAAAAUAACAUGGCUAUAUGCAGGGAGUAGAAAAUAACAUGGCUAUAUACAGGGAGUAGAAAAUAACAUGGCUAUAUGCAGGGAGUAGAAAAUAACAUGGCUAUAUGCAGGGAGUAGAAAAUAACAUGGCUAUACAGUGGGGAAAAAAAGUAUUUAGUCAGCCACCAAUUGUGCAAGUUCUCCCACUUAAAAAGAUGAGAGAGGCCUGUAAUUUUCAUCAUAGGUACACGUCAACUAUGACAGACAAAAUGAGGAAAAAAAACCCAGAAAAUCACAUUGUAGGAUUUUUAAUGAAUUUAUUUGCAAAUUAUGGUGGAAAAUAAGUAUUUGGUCAAUAACAAAAGUUUCUCAAUAAUUUGUUAUAUACCCUUUGUUGGCAAUGACACAGGUCAAAUGUUUUCUGUAAGUCUUCACAAGGUUUUCACACACUGUUGCUGGUAUUUUGGCCCAGUCCUCCAUGCAGAUCUCCUCUAGAGCAGUGAUGUUUUGGGGCUGUCGCUGGGCAACACGAACUUUCAACUCCCUCCAAAGAUUUUCUAUGGGGUUGAGAUCUGGAGACUGGCUAGGCCAUUCCAGGACCUUGAAAUGCUUCUUACGAAGCCACUCCUUCGUUGCCCGGGCGGUGUGUUUGGGAUCAUUGUCAUACUGAAAGACCCAGCCACGUUUCAUCUUCAAUGCCCUUGCUGAUGGAAGGAGGUUUUCACUCAAACUCUCACGAUACAUGGCCCCAUUCAUUAUUUCCUUUACACGGAUCAGUCGUCCUGGUCCCUUUGCAGAAAAACAGCCCCAAAGCAUGAUGUUUCCACCCCCAUGCUUCACAGUAGGUAUGGUGUUCUUUGGAUGCAACUCAGCAUUCUUUGUCCUCCAAACACGACGAGUUUAGUUUUUACCAAAAAGUUAUAUUUUGGUUUCAUCUGACCAUAUGACAUUCUCCCAAUCCUUUUCUGGAUCAUCCAAAUGCACUCUAGCACGGGCCUGGACAUGUACUGGCUUAAGCAGGGGGACACGUCUGGCACUGCAGGAUUUAAGUCCCUGGCGGCGUAGUGUGUUACUGAUGGUAGGCUUUGUUACUUUGGUCCCAGCUCUCUGCAGGUCAUUCACUAGGUCCCCCCGUGUGGUUCUGGGAUUUUUGUUCACCGGUCUUGUGAUCAUUUUGACCCCACGGGGUGAGAUCUUGCGUGGAGCCCCAGAUCGAGGGAGAUUAUCAGUGGUCUUGUAUGCCUUCCAUUUCCUAAUAAUUGCUCCCACAGUUGAUUUCUUCAAACCAAGCUGCUUACCUAUUGCAGAUUCAGUCUUCCCAGUCUGGUGCAGGUCUACAAUUUUGUUUCUGGUGUCCUUUGACAGCUCUUUGGUCUUGGCCAUAGUGGAGUUUGGAGUGUGACUGUUUGAGGUUGUGGACAGGUGUCUUUUAUACUGAUAACAAGUUCAAACAGGUGCCAUUAAUACAGGUAACGAGUGGAGGACAGAGGAGCCUCUUAAAGAAGAAGUUACAGGUCUGUGAGAGCCAGAAAUCUUGCUUGUUUGUAGGUGACCAAAUACUUAUUUUCCACCAUAAUUUGCAAAUAAAUUCAUAAAAAAUCCUACAAUGUGAUUUUCUGGAAUUUUUUUCCUCAAUUUGUCUGUCAUAGUUGACGUGUACCUAUGAUGAAAAUUACAGGCCUCUCUCAUUUUUUUAAGUGGGAGAACUUGCACAAUUGGUGGCUGACUAAAUACUUUUUUUCCCCACUGUAUACAGGGAGUAGAAAAUAACAUGGCUAUAUAUAGGGAGUAGAAAAUAACAUGGCUAUAUAUAGGGAGUAGAAAAUAACAUGGCUAUAUGCAGGGAGUAGAAAAUAACAUGGCUAUACAGGGAGUAGAAAAUAACAUGGCUAUAUGCAGGGAGUAGAAAAUAACAUGGCUAUAUGCAGGGAGUAGAAAAUAACAUGGCUAUAUGCAGGGAGUAGAAAAUAACAUGGCUAUAUACAGGGAGUAGAAAAUAACAUGGCUAUAUACAGGGAGUAGAAAAUAACAUGGCUAUAUGCAGGGAGUAGAAAAUAACAUGGCUAUAUACAGGGAGUAGAAAAUAACAUGGCUAUAUAUAGGGAGUAGAAAAUAACAUGGCUAUACAGGGAGUAGAAAAUAACAUGGCUAUAUGCAGGGAGUAGAAAAUAACAUGGCUCUACAGGGAGUAGAAAAUAACAUGGCUAUAUACAGGGAGUAGAAAAUAACAUGGCUAUAUAUAGGGAGUAGAAAAUAACAUGGCUAUGUGCAGGGAGUAGAAAAUAACAUGGCUAUAUACAGGGAGUAGAAAAUAACAUGGCUAUAGACAGGGAGUAGAAAAUAACAUGGCUAUAUAUAGGGAGUAGAAAAUAACAUGGCUAUAUGCAGGGAGUAGAAAAUAACAUGGCUAUAUACAGGGAGUAGAAAAUAACAUGGCUAUAUACAGGGAGUAGAAAAUAACAUGGCUAUAUAUAGGGAGUAGAAAAUAACAUGGCUAUAUGCAGGGAGUAGAAAAUAACAUGGCUAUAUAUAGGGAGUAGAAAAUAACAUGGAUAUAUAUAUAGGGAGUAGAAAAUAACAUGGAUAUAUAUAGGGAGUAGAAAAUAACAUGGCUAUAUGCAGGGAGUAGAAAAUAACAUGGCUAUAUAUAGGGAGUAGAAAAUAACAUGGCUAUAUAUAGGGAGUAGAAAAUAACAUGGCUAUAUAUAGGGAGUAGAAAAUAACAUGGCUAUGUGCAGGGAGUAGAAAAUAACAUGGCUAUAUACAGGGAGUAGAAAAUAACAUGGCUAUAUACAGGGAGUAGAAAAUAACAUGGCUAUAUACAGGGAGUAGAAAAUAACAUGGCUAUAUGCAGGGAGUAGAAAAUAACAUGGCUAUAUACAGGGAGUAGAAAAUAACAUGGCUAUACAGGGAGUAGAAAACAACAUGGCUAUAUGCAGGGAGUAGAAAAUAACAUGGCUAUACAGGGAGUAGAAAAGAACAUGGAUAUACAGGGAGUAGAAAAUAACAUGGCUAUAUGCAGGGAGUAGAAAAUAACAUGGCUAUACAGGGAGUAGAAAAUAACAUGGCUAUACAGGGAGUAGAAAAUAACAUGGCUAUACAGGGAGUAGAAAAGAACAUGGAUAUACAGGGAGUAGAAAAUAACAUGGCUAUAUGCAGGGAGUAGAAAAUAACAUGGCUAUAUACAGGGAGUAGAAAAUAACAUGGCUAUAUACAGGGAGUAGAAAAUAACAUGGCUAUAUACAGGGAGUAGAAAAUAACAUGGCUAUACAGGGAGUAGAAAAUAACAUGGCUAUACAGGGAGUAGAAAAUAACAUGGCUAUAUGCAGGGAGUAGAAAAUAACAUGGCUAUACAGGGAGUAGAAAAUAACAUGGCUAUAUACAGGGAGUAGAAAAUAACAUGGCUAUACAGGGAGUAGAAAAUAACAUGGCUAUACAGGGAGUACCAGUACCAGUCGAUGUGCAGGGGUACGAGGUCAUUGAGGUAGCUACAGUAUGUACUGUACAUAUAGGUAGGGGUAAAGUGACUAGGCAACAGGAUAGAUCAUGUGGUGAAUAAUACAAACCUCCCUGAUGCAUGUUGUUUAGUCUACUUGUUUGUAUUUGUUUAGGGAUGUGAAUGUGAAGAUAUUCACCAAAGACCAUAAUAAGAUGUCAUUCUGUCACUAAAUGGACUCAAAUUAGGAGAAAGAGAGGGGCCCAAUUAUCCCUCAUAUUAGGAAGGAUUAGCAUACGACUGAAAAGGCAUUAGUUGGCUCUAGGCAGGGAGGAGGGAUGGAUAGUUAGGCUUCACAAGAGGAUAGUAAAAUCAUGGGCUGCAUUCAACAGCACUUAGCAUCCAAAGAGAUACUGCUGUUUGCCAGUCAUUAUAGUUGGCAAUGCUUUUAUGUAGGCCUAAUUGUAUUCUCUCUUGUCCUGUACAACAUAUUUCCAUGACAUUUGAUGUGUGUACUGUGUAGGUAGGCCCCUAGGCUAUCUCUUCUCAGGACAAACUUUAGCAGAACCGUUUAAUUGAUAAGAGAAAACCAUGAAAUCCCCUAACUCCCCACCAUCUUGAAUAACAGGAAUAAAAGUGGGGUCCACUGCAGUUGAUGUUGUGACAUUAGAUGCAACAGGGAAAGGAGGCUUUGGAGCCACUGCUAUGCAAGAAUGCUUCCACCCUGUCCCACUGCCAGCGGUAAACGUUCCCUCAUAACGACCCCAGCCCACGUACUUCUGCAGAGUCCCGGUGGGGUGAUAUUUACUGAUUUCCUCAGCAGCAACACACACACACUAAUGCUGAUGGAUCUGUUGAUUUCAGCAGGGCCAGGAGCUAGCCAGGGAGAGAGAGAGUGGGCGUCACAGCGACCUUCAGCUGUCAGUGUUAUAGUGCUGUAGGGAUUUUACUUAAUUUACCACUCUACACGUGAAGGUUUUAUAUUGUCGUCUUAAGACAUUAGACCAGACAUGUACCUCUGGGAUUUUAAUGUAUACCCUAGCUUUGUUAGCUGUUAAUUGGUAUUUCCAUUGGUUCACCUCAUCUAAUGAAUCUCUCAGUUCUGUUGGCUUUUCAUCUACACUGAACAAAAAUAUCAAUGCAACAUGUAAAGUGUUGGUCCCAUGUUUCAUGAGCUGAAAUAAAAGAUCCCAACAAUGUUCCAUACAAAGCUUAUUUCUCUAAAAUAUUGUGCUCCAAUUUGUUUACUUCCCUGUUAGUGAGCAUUUUUCCUUUGCCAAGAUAAUCCAUCCACCUGACAAGUGUGGCAUAUCAAGAAGCUGAUUAAACAGCAUGAUCAUUACACAGGUACACCUUGUGCUGGGGACAAUAAAAGGCCACUCAAAAAUUUGCAGUUUUGUCACACAACACAAUGCCACAGAUGUCUCAAGUUGUGAGGGAGCGUGCAAUUGGCAUGCUGACUGCAGGAAUGUCCACCAUUGCGGUUGCCAGAGAAUGGAACGUUAAUUUCUCUACCAUAAGCCACCUCCAACAUCGCUUUAGAGAAUUUGGCAGUACGUCCAACUGGCCUCAACCGCAGACGGUCGUAACCGACUUCAGAGGGCAAAUGCUCACCUUCGAUAGCCACUGGCACCAGUGGAGGCUGGUGACUUGAAAAAUUGAUGAGGAUGGGAGACCCACGGUAUAGGCGCAGAACGCAAGGAGACGUCAAAGUGUGUUUGAAAAAUCUUCAAAGACUAAUUAUUUUAACCUGAAGUAUUUAAUAAUGACAUUUUAUAUUACAAUAUUAUGGGGAAUGAGAAUGGGCUACUUACACCGUUUUGGGAAGGGAUCACAGCAGUGAUUGAAUGAGGGUAUGAGGCAUGUGUUGAGGUGUUCAGAGGCUUGACUUCAGGGUUUGACAAAAAACAAUAACACAACACACUAGUUAGUCCAAGCAAGGAGUAAAAUCGAUGUAUAAUAAUGUAAUUGUGUUUGUGUAUGUGAUUGACUCUACAUACAGUAAUGAGAGAAAAUUGAUAGGGGUACUCACAGUGCUUGGAGAGGAAACAUUCAAUGUGCUAGUGGAUGAGCGGGCACAUGAGACGUGGCUUCAGUUCAUGUCAGGACAGAGUUGACAAUGGUAGUAGAGUGGUCACCUCUUAAUCAGGGAACAGGAGAGGACUUAGCUGGAAAUACAAACAGCAGAUACAUUCCAUUACAGCUGCGCCAUCAUAGGAUUGAACAACAAGUUUCUCCAUGAAGUUAAACACAGACUGCGCAUCUCGCCCACUUGACACUUCAAAGUAGCCCAAGAAACAUUCCUGAAUAAAGCCCUGAUCAUCCACAUAACUGACAACUGCAAGCAGACUGGUGAUACCAUAGGUCCCAGAGUUCCAAUUUUUACCCCCUGGGGCCCAGAGUUUUCCUUAUCUGUUAACCUACCCAGGAAAACUCUGGACCCUAUAAGGUAUGACAGUGAUUAAUCAGUUGUUUUUACUAAUCAGGUCACAUGGUUUUUUUUUUAACUGGGGGGAAAACUCCUGGCCCUAUGGGGGGAUGCAAACCCUGUCAAACUGCAGCAACCUUAUACUUGUUCAUAUUAAUUAUAUUUAGACUAGAUUAGGAGGGGGAUUUCCUCUACCCAGACACAGAGACAACAACUGAUAGACAAUAGAACUCACAGGGCUGAGCUUGCUUUAUGCAUCAUGCAGUUCUAUGCAACUGUAGGCCUUAUAGAAAAUUAACUCACAUCUGUCAUCACUAUUAUGUUGAUUGAUUUAAUUCCAGUUAAUAAUGAAUAGGCAGCCUAGCCAGCCCAAUUUUGAAUAUAAACCAAAUUUGAUCACAUUCACAUUUUCUCCUGACACACAAAUGGACUAUAAAUACAUAACGUUACCAAUUAGUUACCUGACCAAAUGGACAGCGCACAUAGGCUGUCUGCAGCUGCUCUUAUUAGUAGCCUACAGUUGAUCAGACUGAAAUAUUGUCUCGUUUUCAUCCCAUACACAGUGGCGAUUUUAGCAUGUAAAUCUUGGUGGGACAAACAAACAAACAAAUGUUGGGGAUGCAUGCCAGCAAAGCCACUGCACAACACAACACAAAACAAUACAUUAAUUGCACUAUAACGGUGACAAACUGUACCCACAAACUGUUAGGGCCUACAUAAAGCUGUCCCAACAGCAGAGUCCCAACAGCAGUCCCAACACCUUACCACUGCUACACCUGGUUAUCAGCGGAGCCUUGUCUGGCAGCGAAACAUUCAGCCUCAUUUACUGCCUUUAAAAAAACAUAGCUGAUAUGGCUGACUUGCUUAAACAAAUGUGGUUGCUACUGACAAUUGAGAUGUACAACCUAUGGCAUAAGGGGAUGACGAGCAGAUAAGAGGCAAUCCAUGAUUUCGAUUAAGACAAAAAUGAGCGAGCUAGGACGGACGUAGUCAAUAUAACUAUUUGUUCAGCACUUUUGAAAUGUACAGCGACAGAAUUCAGAACAUGGUCCGUUCUUACAGUGUUCUCCCUGUACACCAAGUCAGAACCGUAGGAUAAAUAAAGGGGGCAUAUAAGCAGAAAAUGAAAGCUCUUAUAUUUGAUGAUUACAUUUCUCUAAAACAGAUUAUAGGCUGCAUGUGCACCACCAAAUCAGAACAGUAGGCAAAAUUAAGAGGGGAAAAUAGACCAAAUUAUUAGGGUAAGGCACAUGGGCUACUAACAGCUUACUACACAACAUACACUUAGUAUUACUUUCUUAGCUACAGUAUACAUAUCUCCCUGGCAUAUUACAUAAUUUAUGCAGCAGCAUAUAAUACAUUUUUGGAAUCACCUUGUUGUGCUGUGCUCACUUGAACAGGAAGGUGGUGCGGCAGUCCUUCAUGGGCAAAUUUUGUCAUCAAAGUCUGGCAUUCUCUGGAUUUAUGGUGCUUUCAAGACAACUGGGAACUCAGGAAAAAAACAAGGUCGAAUCAUGAUGACGUCAGUUUCCAACUUACAAUUCUGAGUUGGAUGACCGUUCAAAACGUAUUUUCACAGUCGGAGCACAUUUUUCCCGAGUUCCCAGUUGUCUUGAACUCAUUGAAGUCAGAUUUCCCAGUUCCGAGUUAACAGUUGUUUUGAACGCGGCAGAAAUCAUGCUGGAUUGACAGCAUGGCCAAUGUUGAAUUGAAAAAAACUUAAACCCAGAAUUGGGACCACACACCCACUCCACUGAAUAGCAGGCUAGUGAUUGCUUUGUAAUGCUUGCAGUUAGCCACUGAUUCCUUCCAAACCACUAUUUGUUGAAUUUGCGAUUUCCAACUUAUUGUGUAAUGUUUAUGUCCAAUGGCCGAUGAGCACCGAUAUGUUUUAUCUAUCAUUCCUCUUCAUAUGACAAGGAUUAAAAAGGAUUUGCCAGUAGAUUGUCGACUUGAUUCAUGAUGAUUACUGUUAGCUAAGAUUUUGAAAGUAUGACGUUGACAUGAUCAGUCCAAUCAAAGCUACUGUAGAUAUAACGUGAUUUGACGUCAUUUUAUCUGUGGCCAAUGACCUUGAGCCUUCUUGGAUGGGCACUUCUAAUGUAACUCUAUGGCAGCACCCCAGGGGCUUGAAUUUUCGAGCUCUACCCUUAGAUUUGGCAGUGACAGAACACUGAGCCAAUCACUGCGCAACUAGAGAACAUUAACAACCCCUAGGCUCUGUAUUUUCCGCAGGCUGCCCCACAACCACAGAAAGCACUGAGCUAGGCUGAAACACCUGCAUUUUGGAGCUGCCUUACUCAAGAAAGCAAAAAAGAGACCAUGUUUGUAUGCAGCUUCAUUAACUCAUGUUUUUUAUUUAUUUACAUUGUUUGCAAACUGAUGUGUGACAAGUAUUAAUGCCAAAAUAACAUGCAAAACAGGCUCUGCCCCACCUGCUCUGAAUGACGGGUCGCCACUGCCCAUACAGCAUGUCAGAUCUCUAAUGUUUAAGUGUAGCCUAGGCUGCUGCAACAUUUGUGUCUGUCCGGAGUGAUUAUGUGUUAUCAUCUUUGCUAAAUAAAUACAGGAGGAAAGUGGAAAGCCUACUUGAGCGCGCGUGAAAAAAAUGUGCUGCGUCAACCUCUCUCUUUAAACGGAUGAUGCGAUGGAAGCUAUCAAAUCAUUCUGAAUUUAUUUCGACAUCCCAGAAAAGACAGUGGAAAGUUCCAUAUGAUCAGCAAGUAAAGCAUCACAACGAGCAAUUACCACUGCAAGCUCCUUGUAGUUGCACUUGUUUGCGGAACUUUCCCUCUCGUCGUGUCCUCUAAAAGCCAAUUCUUGCAUGCCCAAAAACGCAGUGGUGUUGAUAAGCCGCUUGAGAACAUGCCUGUUUCUUCUUACAUUGUCGUUGUGUUGCGCAGUUUGAAUAGGCAGACCUUCGUCAUGAUCGAUGCGGCUUUUUCCCAGAAGCUUGAAUCUAAUGUGGGCAUUUAUAUGCUCCCUGCUUAUGUUUUGCCGUUUAGCUGAACAAUCGAUGUUCUUCAGGUUCUUUGUACCCCUAUUUCGCCCAAGGCUCAGACUUUCUAAAAAGCAGGCAAGGCCAGCAAUACAGGUGGCUUGAUGAAAGGCUCUCUGUUAACCAGCUAUACUUUUGAUACCAAUUGGUAUUGAACGCCCUCACCUUUUCAUCCUUCUUCAUGAAACUGAUCUCAGGCAGAGGUAGACCCUCGGUUUUAAUUCGCACCUUUUCCGUGUACCCCAGAGAAUGAAAGGGGUUCUUCAACAAAAAGUCAACUAAAUUUGUGGUAGUGUUGGCGGCGAAAACUGCACACUGGAGCUGGUAACUAGCUAGCUACUGCUAUUGAGGUUAGCAAGGCAAAUUGAAAUAAAUUUGACACAAAAAUAAAGUUAUAAAACCAAGAAAACAAUUUUAUAAUGUACCUCCCCCGUCUCCUGUAAUUUUAAGAAACUAAUUUGAAUGUAAUAAUCUAAAAAAAAUGCUCAACUAUCACUUUUCAAUCUCUAUCCAAUAAUGUCACCAAGUUUAUCUUCUUCUUCCAUGAGGUUUAAAGAGUGGUUGGCAUCCACCAAGCUUCUCAACACAGGUCACCCCCCCCCCAUAAUGCUCUGCCAACCCCAAUACAACACUCUAGGUUCAUUCUCUAAUCCUAAUCCUAUGAUUGGAUGGACAACAUGUCAAUUCAUAACGCAAAAGCUUUGAUUGGUUGGAGGUCGUCCUCCGGAAGUGGUCAUAAUUACCAUGUAGGUCUAUGGAAGGGGGUGAGGCCUACGAGCCUCCUAGGUUUUGUAUUGAAGUCAAUGUACCCAGAGGAGGACAGAAGCUAGCUGUCCUCAGGCUACACCAUGGUGCUACCCCAGAGAGUGCUGUUGAAGUUACUAUAGACCUUAAUUGCAAAACAGUGUGUGUUAAUCAAUUAUUUGGUGACAUAUUAAUAUAUUUAGUAUAGUUUUAUCUAAAAAGGAUAACUUUUUUAGUGUUUCACUAUUUUUAUGUUUAUGAAAUUUCACUGUGGAGGAUGGUCCUUCCCUUCCUCCUUUGAGGAGCCUCCACUGAUUGGCAUGCUGGAGAAGUGUGCUCUUCACAGAUGAAUCCUGGGUUCAACUGUACCGGGCAGAUGGCAGACAGCAUGUAUGGCUUUGUGUGGGCGAACGGUUUACUGAUGUCAACGCUGUGAACAGAGUGUCCCAUGGUGGUGGUGGGGUUAUGGUAUGGGCUAAGUAUAAGCUACGGACAACGAAAAAAUUAGCAUUUUAUCAAUGGCAAUUUGAAUGCACAGAGAUACCGUGACAAGAUCCUGAGGCCCAUUGACUUGCCAUUCAUCCGCCACCAUCACCUCAUGUUUCAGCAUGAUAAUGCACAGCCCCAUGUAUCAAGGAUCUGCACGCAAUUCCUGGAAGCUGAAAAUAUCCCAGUUCUUCCAUGGCCUGCAUACUCACCAUACAUGUCACUCAUUGAGCAUGUUUGGGAUGCUCUGGAUCGAUGUGUACAACAGCGUGUUCCAGUUCCCGCCAAUAUCCAGCAACUUUGCACAGCCAUUGAAGAGGAGUGGGACAACAUUCCACAGGCCAUAAUCAACAGCCUGAUCAACUCUAUGCGAAGGAGAUGAGUUGCACUGCAUGAGGCAAAUGGUGGUCACACCAGAUACUGACUGGUUUUCUGAUCCACGCCCCUACCUUUUUUUAAGGUAUCUGUGACCUAAUGAAUUUAUUUCAAUUGACUGAUUUCCUUAUAUGAACUAUAACUCUUUGAAAUUGUUGCAUGUUGCGUUUAUAUUUUUGUUCAGUGUAAUUAGGGACCAGAGAAUUAAAUAGAACACUAAUAAUAUAUACAGUGCUAUGAAAAAGUAUUUGCCCCCUUUCUAAUUUUCUCUACUUUUACAUAUUUGUGAUACUGAAUGUUAUCAGAUCUUCAACCAAAACCUAAUAUUAGAUCAAGGGAACAUAAGUGAACAAAUAACACAACAAUUACAUAUUUAUUUCAUUUAUUUCAUAAACAAAGUUAUGCAACACCCAAUUCCCCUGUGUGAAAAAGUAAUUGCCCCCUUACACUCAAUAACUGGUUGUGCCACCUUUAGCUGCAAUGACUCCAACCAAAUACUUCCUGUAGUUGUUGAUCAGUCUCUCACGUCGCUGUGGAGGAAUUUUGGCCCACUCUUCCAUGCAGAACAGCUUUAACUCAGUGACGUAUGGGUUUUCAAGCAUGAACUGCUCGUUUCAAGUCCUGCCACAACAUCUCAAUUGGGAUUAGGUCUGGACUUUGACUAGGCCAUUCCAAAACGUCCAAUUUGUUGCUUUUUAGCAAUUUUCAUGUAGACUUGAUUGUGUGUUUUGGAUCAUUGUCUUGCUGCAUGACCCAGCUGCGCUUCAGCUUCAGCUCACAGACGGAUGGUCUGACAUUCUCCUGUAGAAUUCUCUGAUACAGAGCAGAAUUCAUGGUUCCUUCCACUAAGGCAUGUCAUCCAGGUCCUGAGGCAGCAAAGCAUCCCCAAACCAUCACACCACCACCACCAUGCUUGACCUUUGGUAUGAUGUUCUUACUGUGGAAUGCAGUGUUUGGUUUUCGCCAGGCAUAAUGGGACCCAUCUCGUCCAAAAAGUUGACUCAAGUUUGCCAAAAAGCACCUGGAUGAUCAUCAAGACUCUUGGAAGAACGUUCUAUGGACAGAUGAUUCAAAAGUAUAACUUUUUGGACGACAUGGCUCCAGUAAUGCCUGGCAAAAACCAAACUCUGCAUUCCACAGUAAGAACAUCAUACCAAAGGUCAAGCAUGGUGGUGGUGGUGUGAUGGUUUGGGGAUGCUUUGCUGCCUCAGGACCUGGACGACUUGCCUUAAUAGAAGGAACCAUGAAUUCUGCUCUGUAUCAGAGAAUUCUACAGGAGAAUGUCAGACCAUCCGUCUGUGAGCUGAAGCUGAAGCGCACGUUACAAGUGCCAUGCUCUACCAAUUGAGCUACAGAGGACCACAAUGUUGUGGCAGGACUUGAAACGAGCAGUUCAUGCUUGAAAACCCACACAUCACUGAGUUAAAGCAGUUCUGCAUGGAAGAGUGGGCCAAAAUUCCUCCACAGCGACGUGAGAGACUGAUCAACAACUACAGGAAUCAUUUGCUUGGAGUCAUUGCAGCUAAAGGUGGCACAACCAGUUAUUGAGUGUAAGGGGGCAAUUACUUCUUCACACAGGGGAAUUGGGUGUUUCAUAACUUUGUUUAUGAAAUAAAUGAAAUAAAUAUGUAAUUAUUGGGUUAUUUGUUCACUUAUGUUUCCUUUAUCUAAUAUUAGGUUUUGGUUGAAGAUCUGAUAACAUACAGUAUCACAAAUAUGCAAAAGUAGAGAAAAUUAGAAAGGGGGCAAAUACUUUUUCAUAGCACUGUAUGUAUCUCUAUGUUUUGGAUGUUUUCCUUACUGGAAAAACAUUAUUCCUGUCUGUUCUCUUUGAGUCUGUCUGUCCUGUCAUGAUGUCCAGGAAUCACCAGGGGGUCCAUUGGUACAACAUCUUGUCUCUAAAGUCCAAAGUUAUAAAAUGGCACUUGUUCUGUUAUGAUUGGCUGUCCUUGGUCUGUCUGGGUGUGGCAGUCAGUCAUUACAGUAAGAGUGACUGCUCUAGCAAUUCUGUCUGGACUUUGGCAGCCUAACCGGUACUCCCUAUUCCUGGUACAACCCUCCCCCCAAAUUACACCCUAGCCCAUGUACAGUGUUUAUUGUCACGUCGCCGUGUAAGCCUUAAGGCAGCUGCUUUAGUGUGAUUACAGCUCUGGGUGGACUGAUAUCCUAUUUCAGCGUUUUAGCUGCAGGACCGAGGCAAGCGUUAGCUAUGUGUUGGCGGUUUAACAGAAUGUCAAUUUUGAUUUCAGGCUGUUGGGGCCCAAGGCUGCGUGGCGUAACGUUAGCUUGUUUAGGUCUCACAGCGUUACCGGAGCAUAAUGUCAUGACACACAAGUGGUGGUGUAGUAUUUGAACAGCGUGUGUGUGUGUGUGUGUCCCACCUCUUAAUUCUGCUUCACACUCCCCGAGCGUGGCGACUGCCGAUCGGAGGCUGAAUCUCAAUCAGGAUCCUGGCUGCAUUUACAUAUUUAUUAGUCCCUAAAGAGUAUUUUAGCAUGCAAGUGCAAGACUCAAAGUGACACCUUGUCUGUCAGUGUUUUUGUGCAGUAAGAUGGAUGGGACACCCCACCACCACCUUCAUUUACCUCAGUAGUUAAGAAAGAAGGAAGGAAAGGGACCAUUGCCCAUUUUAACCACAUUUAGCCUAGUUUUUAGAAGCAUUUCCCCAUCUUAUUAGGCUAGUUCAUCUAGUGAAUCUAUUAGACUAUCACUAGGGGACAAGGCACAGCUAAAACACACAGUUUUGAGUUGAGUAUAAUAUGAACUGAUGGCUCAGACACCAACAAUGAGUUCAUAACAAGAUGUCCUCUCCUCACCUGCCUCUGGGCCAGACCAUUCACAUCACGUUAAUGUUAAGUCCCUGUGAUGUUUCAGCAACGCUAUCGCAUCAGGUGGCACUAACGGCCAUGCAGGGCCAGGACAGCCAGUUAAAUCCAGUGGAGGUGUAGGGCCGUGUAGGGCUAGGAUGCUGCUGGUUGACCAAGGCCAGCAAAGCAAAGCACCAACUGUGACUCUACUAAUUGAGUCAUGUCCGUGCGCCUCGCCUCCUUUGUAGCGUGAAAUGAACAGUGACCUACACCGCACCCACGUGCUCACAGGAGCCUUUGAAGCCCAGGGGGACAGGCGAGCCCCCUAGCACCCCCCACCCUUGCCUGAGGGGCUCCCGAAGGCCAAAGCACAGCGGCCCACCGGCCUGGUCGUCUGUCCCGGGCUCCUGGCAUCUGCUCCUAUCCGUCUGACAAACUUAGACAAAUUAGCCUACAGACCCACAGCCGCCUUUGGCCACCCUCGAUUGACAGAGGAGAACAGGGAGUAGGUUGGGUCAGAGCCUAUUGAGCCUGUUGUGUUUUUAAAGGGGAGUGAAACAGCAGGUAGGCUACAUAACAGUAUAGUAGAAGAUACAUUGAACUGAACUCCAGUCAUAUUUUACAUUUGUUGGUCAGUUGAUUAUCAGUUAUUAUCAUUGAUUGGUCAAUGAUUACACCCACCUGUUAACCCUGGUAUAACUACAUUUCUGAUAAGGAUAAGGACAAAAACAAGUAUAUGUUGAGGCCCUCAAGGACCAGAGUUGUGCUCCAAUGACAACGAGUGUAUGCUGGAGCACUACAGAUAAGUAAAGUGGCUCCUAUAUGUCUCACAGACAAUUCUAUUUGCGUGCCAUGCUAUUUGACUUCAGCAAUGCUCCUGGGCCACUGGUAGGUGGAGACACAUCUGCCCGUCUACACCAUACGUGCAGCCACAGCACAAGUCAAAAUCCACCAUAACCACUGAACAGGAAGCUGAGAGAUGAGAUGCAAAAAGGAGGAAUGGAAAGGAAAAGAGAUAAAGAAAGGAGUGUGUGAAAGAAACGGAUGAAGGGAGGAAGGGCAGAGAGAGGGUGUGCCCCAGAUAAGUGAGUUUCUCCUGGUUCUCUGUGUUUGCACAGCGUUCUGGGUAACAAUGCUGUUUCUUCCUGCUGGCCUCACAGGAAGCACUUUCAAAGCUAACCGUGCUAGCUGCUAUCACAAACCAAAAUAUCAUCGCUCACGUUCAGACCUGAACAUCUGUGUUUGGCUCCGAUAAAUAACGUGUCAAAAGCUAUCAGAUUUGUGGCCCUCAAAUGGUGGGAGUUGCAUAGUAGCCUAAUUCAUUUAGUGAAAACGCUGGCUAAGCAAGCUGACCCAGAAUAGGCUAGACAGUUAGAAGCUUGCCCCUGCUCUUAGUAAUGUGUUGCAUACGUUGAUAAUACGUUGAUAAUACGUUGAGAAUUCUAGACUACGGUUUGAAGAUGUGUCUUUAAUGACGGGAGAAUUAAUGUACUAUGCAGUGUAUUAGCCAAGAGCACACUGCUGAGGGCUGACUGUUGAAUGGAGGCCAGUGUUAUUGAUCAAAUGAGCAGAUAAUACGAUGAAAUUGUUGCAGAGACAUUCUGUAAGUGGUAAUAGCAUAGGUGGCUGGCAGCGUAGCCCAUUGGAAGGGCCUGCCCCGCCCCCACUCCCCCUCGUCCAUUUACAAUCAGAUAAUCGCUGUUCUUUUGUCUGCCCUCUGAAUCUUUCUAAGGCAGUUAGCUUCUACUUGUAACCUCUUCCAGUAGGCUAUAUUUAUUAGUAGGCUACAUUUAUUUGGCCUUACUUGUUAUAUUGAACAUGUUGUUCAAUAUAACAAGUAAGGCCUAAUAAAUGUAGUUCUAGCCUAUGUGUUUAGCAGUGGCGUAAAAAUUAUUUAAAGUACUACUUAAGUCGUUUUUUGGGGUAUCUGUACUUUACUUUACUAUUUAUAUUUUUGGCAACUUUUACUUUUACUUCAUUACAUUCUUAAAGAUAAUAAUGUACUUUUUUUAAUCCAUACAUUUAGCUUGAAACGCAAAAGUAGUCGUUACAUUUUGAAUGCUUAGCAGGACAGAAAAAAUGUAAUUCACACACUUAUCAAGAGAACAUACCUGGUCAUCCCUACUGCCUCUGAUCUGGCGGACUCACUAAAUACAAAUGCUUAGUUUGUAAAGAUGUCUGGCUAUCCGUAAAAUGGUGCCGUCUGGUUUGCUUAAUAUAAGGAAUUUGAAAUGAUUUCUACUUUUACUUUUGAUACUUAAGUAUAUUUAAAAACAAAUACUUUUAGACUUUUACUCAAGUAGUAUUUUACUGGGUGACUUUUGCUUUUACUUUAGUCAUUUUCAAUUAAGGUAUCUUUACUUUUACUGAAGUAUGACAAUUGGGUACUUUUUCCAGCCGUAUAUCAAAUGGUGUUUUCUGCAGAUGAUCCUGUUGCUGAAUAUAUGUUGUGUUUGUUCCAGCCCAUAAGGACAGCAGCAGCGGCAGUGUGGUGAAGCAGGGCUCCCUGGAGCAUCGUGAGGGUCAGAAGGGUCGUUGGAGCAUCUGCCACCUAGAGCUGACCCCCUGUGAGUUGCGUCUCUACAGCCUGGACAGCAGUGGUAACCGCCAGCUCUGCACCGCCUACUCCCUGUCCCACUGCCAGGGGGUCAGCCAGCCCCAGCCACCCCAUGACGGACGAGUCCUCCAGGCCCUCUUCUUCAACAGGUAAAGGUAGAGAACCAUGGUGCUCAACUCUUAGGAGACCUAUUGCCAGGUCUCCUUCCUAAAAUAGGUUUUCUGACCUCAACGGAACUUCCUGGAUAAAUAAAGGUUAAAUAAAAUAAAUCAAAUAUUGUUGGAGCCAACAGUCAAUCACAUAAACAUGAAAAAAGGGCCUGCACCCACUUGAAUAUAAGUUGCAAUUGAAGUUCUUUCUCUCAUAGCAAUAUGUUUUAAUAGACCACUCACUGACCUCAUCUUCAACAGCUCCACCCGCCUGCAGUUACGUGCCGCCUGCCAGUGGGAGGCGCUAGACUGGAGGAGGCUGAUCUGGGAGAGAGUAUUGGCUGCCCGGCCCGCCCACAAACAAGCAGAGCCGCCUCCAGCCUUAUCCCCGUCAUCAUCCAUCUCCUCUGGAGGUCUCGACACCAGACCAGACCCAAGUGGUCCUGCUGAGGCUGCCCCGGCCCCUCGUACCUCGCAUCUCCCCCCAGCCCGGCCCACGGCCCUGCCCCUGUUCACCAAGCGCUGUGCUGAUGUCCUCAAGGCGGGUCUGCUCCACCAGCGGACUGACCUCAACAACUGGAGGGCCUUCACCUUCGUGCUGAGUCGUUCCACGCUGCAGGCCUUCCCAACCGAGGGCCGGGGGCCCGUGUCAGAGCCUGUCCUCCGCUACCCGCUGGCCUCCUGCCUGGUCGUGCAGAGGGACGAGGCCGAAGGGGCCAGCUCCGCCCAUUUCCAGGCAGUCUUCCCCAGAGAGGUCCUCCGUCUACGGGCUGAGAGCCAACUCAAGGCCCAUGACUGGGUGGAGGCCCUACGUACAGCCGUGGGGGCCCAGAGGCCCCAGGGGGAGGAGGGUCAGGGCUCCAGCCAGGCCCAGCCGGGUGCAGUGUCGAUGGGGACGGGGGUGCUGCUGAGGACGAAGCCCUCCAGGGAGAGGAGGCAGAGGGACGCCCAGAGGGCCAAGAGACAGUCAGUCACCACCAGCUUCCUCAGUAUCCUCACCUGCCUGGCUGUGGAGAAGGGCCUGACCACCCAGAGCUUCAGGUGUGCAGGUAGAGACCUCCACCUGUUACCACACACACACACACACACACACACACACACACACACACACACACACACACACACACACACACAUACACAUACAGACACACACACACACACACACACACACAGUCAGUCUGGGUUAAGUGCCUUGAGCAAGGCACUUACCCCUAAUUGCUCAAGGGUCGCCAUUGAUAAUGGCCGACCCUGGCCAUGACCCCACUCUCUGAGGGUGUCUCAGGGGGAGUUGGGAAUGCUAAAAACACGUUUCCAAUUCACACCUGCAUGUUAAUACACACUUGCACACAUGUAAAAUAUAAGCACACAGAAAAGUAUUACUACACACACACUAAAGUGACACAUUCUUCACUAAAGUUCCAAAAAUAUCAUGUCAUAUCUCUACUCUUUAUGGAAAGAUUUUUACAACAUAAUCCAUCAAAACCGUGGCUUUGUAUUGACUCAAGAAGUAACCACUGUCAUUAGUAAAACAUCUAUUAAUAUUACUACUGAAAGAGACAGCAUAGGUUAGUAGUGCUCUGCAAACAUGUCCUGAGGUUUGCAUACAUUACACAAUCUCAAUGUGUUAAUGAGUGUGUUCAAGACGUCUACUUGUCAACUGGGUGCAUACUUCCGUGACGGUAUCUAGCUAAUGACUGUCAGAUGGUGCAAUAUACAGUGAAGGAAUUAAGUAUUUGAUCCCCUGCUGAUUUUGUACGUUUUCCCACUGACAAAGACAUGAUCAGUCUAUAAUUUUAAUGGUAGGUUUAUUUGAACAGUGAGAGACAGAAUAACAACAACAAAAUCCAGAAAAACGCAUGUCAAAAAUGUUAUAAAUUGAUUUGCAUUUUAAUGAGGGAAAUAAGUAUUUGACCCCCUCUCAAUCAGAAAGAUUUCUGGCUCCCAGGUGUCUUUUAUACAGGUAACGAGCUGAGAUUAUGAGCACACUCUUAAAGGGAGUGCUCCUAAUCUCAGUUUGUUACCUGUAUAAAAGACACCUGUCCACAGAAGCAAUCAAUCAAUCAGAUUCCAAACUCUCCACCAUGGCCAAGACCAAAGAGCUCUCCAAGGAUGUCAGGGACAAGAUUGUAGGCCUACACAAGGCUGGAAUGGGCUACAAGACCAUCGCCAAGCAGCUUGGUCAGAAGGUGACAACAGUUGGUGUGAUUAUUCGCAAAUGGAAGAAGCACAAAAUAACUGUCAAUCUCCCUCUGCCUGGGGCUCCAUGCAAGAUCUCACCUCGUGGAGUUGCAAUGAUCAUGAGAACGGUGAGGAAUCAGCCCAGAACUACACGGGAGGAUCUUGUCAAUGAUCUCAAGGCAGCUGGGACCAUAGUCACCAAGAAAACAAUUGGUAACACACUACGCAGUGAAGGACUGAAAUCCUGCAGCGCCCGCAAGGUCCCCCUGCUCAAGAAAGCACAUACACAGGCCCGUCUGAAGUUUGCCAAUGAACAUCUGAAUGAUUCAGAGGAGAUCUGGGUGAAAGUGUUGUGGUCAGAUGAGACCAAAAUCGAGCUCUUUGGCAUCAACUCAACUCGCCAUGUUUGGAGGAGGAGGAAUGCUGCCUAUGACCCCAAGAACACCAUCCCCACCGUCAAACAUGGAGGUGGAAACUUUAUAAUUUGGGGGUGUUUUUCUGCUAAGGGGACAGGACAACUUCACUGCAUCAAAGGGACGAUGGACGGGGCCAUGUCCCGUCAAAUCUUGGGUGAGAACCUCCUUCCCUCCGCCAGGGCAUUGAAAAUGGGUCGUGGAUGGAUAUUCCAGCAUGACAAUGACCCAAAACACACGGCCAAGGCAACAAAGGAGUGGCUCAAGAAGAAGCACAUUAAGGUCCUGGAGUGGCCUAGCCAGUCUCCAGACCUUAAUCCCAUAGAAAAUCUGUGGAGGGAGCUGAAGGUUCGAGUUGCCAAACGUCAGCUUCGAAACCUUAAUGACUUGGAGAACAUCUGCAAAGAGGAGUGGGACAAAAUCCCUCCUGAGAUGUGUGUAAACCUGGUGGCCAACUACAUGAAACGUCUGACCUCUGUGAUUGCCAACAAGGGUUUUGCCACCAAGUACUAAGUCAUGUUUUGCAGAGGGGUCAAAUACUUAUUUCCCUCAUUAAAUUGCAAAUCAAUUUAUAACAUUUUUGACAUGCGUUUUUCAGGAUUUUUUUGUUGUUAUUCUGUCUCUCACUGUUCAAAUAAACCUACCAUUAAAAUUAUAGACUGAUCAUGUCUUUGUCAGUGGGCAAACGUACAAAAUCAGCAGGGGAUCAAAUACCUAAUUCCCUCACUGUAGGCCUUGUAUCUCUCAUUCCAAUCUACAGUGCCUUCAGAAAGUAUUCACACACCUUGACUUUUUCCACAUUUUGUUGGUUUUUAGUCACUGGCCUACACACAAUACCCCGUAAUGUCAAAGUGGAAUUAUGAUUUUCGAAUUUUUACAAAUUCAUAAAAAAAUGCUGAAAUGUCUUGAGUCAGUAAGUAUUCAACCCCUUUGUUUUGGCAAGCCUAAAUAAGUUCAGAAGUAAAAAUGUGCUUAACAAGUCACAUAAUAAGUUCCAUGGACUCACUCUGUGUGCAAUAAUAGUGUUUAACAUUCUUUUUUUAUUACUACCUCAUCUCUGUCCCCCACACAUACAAUUAUCUGUAAGGUCCCUCAGUUGAGAAGUGGAUUUCAAACACAGAUUCAACCACAAAGACCAGGGAGUUUUUCCAAUGCCUUGUAAAGAAGGGCACCUAUUGGUAGAUGGGUAAAAAAAAGAAAAGCAGACAUUGAAUAUCCCUUUGAGCAUGAUGAAGUUAUUAAUUACACUUUGGAUGGUGUAUCAAUAUAUCCAGUCACUGCCCCUUUCCCUCAAACUAAACAAACACAAACAGACAGACAAACAGCAACCCUCCAAUGGAACACUUGGUAGACCAUCAGAUUUUUGGGGGUCUGUAAUUUUAUGAGUUCACCUCACCUCAACCCAAACAAACACACACCCCUAUUUUGUUUCUCUUUAUUUUCCACUGCAUGACAACAUGGCAUUACCCAGAGUCCUGUGCGGUGGCGUUGCCUUUGUUGGCAAGGCAGCUUUGUUGUGGUUGGCUUCAAAAGGGCGGCUGGGAGACGGCUGGGGAUCAAGGUGUCUGGGGAUCUCACCCACCACCACCAGUCCUUUGAGCUUAGACCAGUCACCUGUUACACCACUGGGGGUCACAGACCCCCCUCCCCAAAUAACCACCUUUCUCACACACACACACUGGCUGGCUGGCUGGCUGGCUGACUGACUAACUGUAGCAGCUUUUUUUUGUAUUUACUAGGCUUAUGACCUGUAUGUUUGUAGGAGUUAUAGAGAGGUAGCUACAGUUCAUAAUUCCCCCUAGAGAUGUCUCCACCACUAUAUCAGUUUCAUUCCCUCAGCCUCAGUGUACCCUAACUGAUAUCUCACUACCAGAUAGCCCUCUCUUCUGUCUGACAGCUCAGUAAAUGGUGCUAUGGCGGCUCUGUGUUUGGUCUUUCUGGGUGUGAAAUCAGUGCUCACUAAAAGGGGAUGAAUGAGGUGCUUUCCUCCUCUUCUGUAACCAGUGCUCUAUUAAUGCAUGCCAUCUGAAAGGCCCACUGAACAAGGGGAGCGGGCACCUGACGAUAAUUGGCCGGCAUAAAGCGGAGGAAAGAAUUCAUUUUUUAUAAUCAAAGACAGGCGCCCAGGAAGCCGGGAUGCUAUCGUCAAUGCGGAAGCUAAUUGUUUGAUACAGGGGCUCUUUUCGCUCUGGCUGCAGACCUGUUUGAAUGAGAGACAAGCAAAGAAUAACAGCUGGAUACAGCUUGUUCCAUGCUCUGUUCACAAAACCCUUUUAUUAUGCGCUCUCUUUCUCUCCCUAUUUCUCCUUUCUCUCUUUCUCGUUCAUUCAGACUCACGCAGUCUCUCAUGCUGUCACUGUGUUCACUGAACUCUACUCUUUCCCUCUCUCUUUCUCUCUGGCUCAUUCUCACCCUCUGUCCCCCCUCUAUCUCCCUCUCUCGCUCUCUCUCUUUUUCCUGUCUCUAUCUCUUCCCGCCCUCCCCAAUCCCCUUGCCUGGCUCCUUGGUAGAGUGCCAGUUUCCUUUUGACUGCUUGUUCUUGUCAGUCACUUAGCUUUGGAUGGAGAGUCAGGAGCCAGCCUGUUGUAUUACAGUUUAAUGGCUUUUCCCUAAACAAAUAUCCCUGGCCUCUGUUAGGGGGAUUAGGGGACGUGCGGUGAGGAGGGGUGAGGACAACAGGCAAAUAGAGGGAAAGUGGGAGAAAGAGAGGAGAGUGGGAAAGUUACCAUUGUGGGGUCUGAUAGAGAGCACAAUGUCCAGGGAGUGUAGGGGGGGGGGGGGGUUCAGGGGUCCCCAUUACUGUAGCGUUUGCCCCUCUGUCUAUUUGGGGGCUGUGAUUGAGCACCCUGUGCCUCUUCUGUCCCCCAUUGCCCCACCGGCCGACACCCUCUGGCCCCAAUUUGUUAGCCCACAUAAAGGAUAGAUGAUGGAUGGUGGAUUGGCCCCGCCUCAUCCUGUGCCUGUGUGUGUGAUUCUGGGGGGGAGGGGCUCUGGGGGGAAGGUUGAGGGAGCAUGUGCACCCUCUUUUCAACUGGGCUCUGGUGUCUACUAAUUACCCAUCAGGCCUCAGCAACUUAGUGGCCUAGGAAUGUGUAAAGAGGCCAGAGCACAAUAGACCAAAAAAAAUGCUACAAAACAACCAAAAACAAUCCUUGAGUUGAAUCUCCCUGCCUUCAUUCCCACUGCCUUGCCCUGUCCUUCCAUGUGCUAGCCAAAUCAAUCAAAUGUAUUUAGAAAGCCCUUUUUACAUAAGCAGAUGUCACAAAGUGCUAUACAGAAACACAGCCUAAAACCCCAAACAGCAAGCAAUGCAGAUGAAGAAGCACGGUGGCCAGGAAAAACUCCCUAGAAAGGCAGCAACCUAGGAAGAAACCUAGAGAGGAACCAGGCUCUGAGGGGUGGCCAGUCCUCUUCUGGCUGUGAGUACAUGGCAUUAAGGACAGAUUGGGGAGGAGAAGCUGACUCAAAUCUCAUGUGCUGUACCAUUUCUUUCUCGGCUAUUCUUUUGACUGGAGAGCGAAGUCAAAAUAUCCUUGUUAGAACAGCGGCCUGUAAUGAGGACUUUUGGCAUGGCGUCUUAAAGCUUCAGAUGAAGGGUCUUAAUUUCAUCACCCUGUUAUUGCAGGAAACUUGUAGUGUAUUCUAGGUUUAAAAAAGCUUCUAGAGUUUGUAAUUUCCACAUUAAAAUGUUAGACUUCAUUUGCCUUAACUAAAAAUAUAUCAACCCCUACAAAAAUAUCUGUUCAUUAUAAUCCACACAAUAAUUUACAUUUUCACAUUAUGUUCCUGCUGUGAGAAAUGGGUCAAAUUAAGAUCUUACAUCUGUACUCACAUCAACCAGAAACAAAAUUUCAAAAACAUUUCUGGGCAUGGCUAAACACACACAUUUUUAAUCAGUUCUUGAUGAAUAUUGAACUGAAGACCUACAGUGAGGGAAAAAAGUAUUUGAUCCCCUGCUGAUUUUGUACGUUUGCCCACUGACAGAGAAAUGAUCAGUCUAUAAUUUUAAUGGUAGGUUUAUUUGAACAGUGAGAGACAGAAUAACAACAAAAAAAUCCAGAAAAACGCAUGUCAGAAAUGUUAUAAAUUGAUUUGCAUUUUAAUGAGGGAAAUAAGUAUUUGACCCCACUCUAGGACCUUGAUCUUUUUGGUACAAGGCAGGCUUAAAGUAUCUGUCCAGUGAACAUCUCACUUUUAAAAGUUCAUAUUCUGUUUACUCAUUCCCAAAUAAUGUUGUUGACUCGUCCUAUACUCCUAUUUGUGACCAUUUAAAAAAAAUACUUACUAUUUCCUCAUAGACCAUGUUGUCAUUUCCCUGAGGAGGAGGAGCUGGCCAAUCAGCGGUCUAGAGGACAAUGAGCUGGCCAAUCAGCGGUCUACUUGCAUGAACACCAGUCCAACACAGAAAAGCAGAUUUUUAACAUACUUGAUUACCAUUUUUUUUAAAUACAGUGGGGGAAAAAAGUAUUUAGUCAGCCACCAAUUGUGCAAGUUCUCCCACUUAAAAAGAUGAGAGAGGCCUGUAAUUUUCAUCAUACGUACACGUCAACUAUGACAGACAAAAUUAGAAAAAAAAUCCAGAAAAUCACAUUGUAGGAUUUGUAAUGAAUUUAUUUGCAAAUUAUGGUGGAAAGUAAGUAUUUGGUCAAUAACAAAAGUUUCUCAAUACUUUGUUAUAUACCCUUUGUUGGCAAUGACACAGGUCAAACGUUUUCAGUAAGUCUUCACAAGGUUUUCACACACUGUUGCUGGUAUUUUGGCCCAUUCCUCCAUGCAGAUCUCCUCUAGAGCAGUGAUGUUUUGGGGCUGUCGCUGGGCAACACGGACUUUCAACUCCCUCCAAAGAUUUUCUAUGGGGUUGAGAUCUGGAGACUGGCUAGGCCACUCCAGGACCUUGAAAUGCUUCUUACGAAGCCACUCCUUCGUUGCCCGGGCGGUGUGUUUGGGAUCAUUGUCAUGCUGAAAGACCCAGCCACGUUUCAUCUUCAAUGCCCUUGCUGAUGGAAGGAGGUUUUCACUCAAAAUCUCACGAUACAUGGCCCCAUUCAUUCUUUCCUUUACAUAGAUCAGUCGUCCUGGUCCCUUUGCAGAAAAACAGCCCCAAAGCAUAAUGUUUCCACCCCCAUGCUUCACAGUAGGUAUGGUGUUCUUUGGAUGCAACUCAGCAUUCUUUGUCCUCCAAACACGACGAGUUGAGUUUUUACCAACAAGUUAUAUUUUGGUUUCAUCUGACCAUAUGACAUUCUCCCAAUCCUCUUCUGGAUCAUCCAAAUGCACUCUAGCAAACUUCAGACGGGCCUGGACAUGUACUGGCUUAAGCAGGGGGACACGUCUGGCACUGCAGGAUUUGAGUCCCUGGCGGCGUAGUGUGUUACUGAUGGUAGGCUUUGUUACUUUGGUCCCAGCUCUCUGCAGGUUAUUCACUAGGUCCCCCCGUGUGGUUCUUGGAUUUUUGCUCACCGUUCUUGUGAUCAUUUUGACCCCACGGGGUGAGAUCUUGCGUGGAGCCCCAGAUCGAGGGAGAUUAUCAGUGGUCUUGUAUGUCUUCCAUUUCCUAAUAAUUGCUCCCACAGUAGAUUUCUUCAAACCAAGCUGCUUACCUAUUGCAGAUUCAGUCUUCCCAGCCUGGUGCAGGUCUACAAUUCUGUUUCUGGUGUCCUUUGACAGCUCUUUGGUCUUGGCCAUAGUGGAGUUUGGAGUGUGACUGUUUGAGGUUGUGGACAGGUGUCUUUUAUACUGAUAACAAGUUCAAACAGGUGCCAUUAAUACAGGUAACGAGUGGAGGACAGAGGAGCCUCUUAAAGAAGAAGUUACAGGUCUGUGAGAGCCAGAAAUCUUGCUUGUUUGUAGGUGACCAAAUACUUAUUUUCCACCAUAAUUUACAAAUAAAUUCAUAAAAAAUCAUUCAAUGUGAUUUUUGGGAUUUUUUUCCUCAAUUUGUCUGUCAUAGUUGACGUGUACCUAUGAUGAAAAUUACAGGCCUCUCUCAUCUUUUUAAGUGGGAAAACUUGUACAAUUGGUGGCUGACUAAAUACUUUUUUUCCCCACUGUACUAUUUCACUCAUUGUUAGUAAUUCUAGGUAAUAUUUAAUAGAAAUCUGGAAUCACUGGGCAGUUACUUUUGCUUACCAGUCAUGCAGGCCAGGACCCUACCAUGAAAGGCCAGUGCCCCUCCACCCACGUGUUGUCUUUGUCAUAUUAUUUCAUAAGAAUUGCGCCACAUGCAUAUGUGGCAAGUGAUUGUUCACAUCAAACCCAUACUGAAACAGCAUUUAAUAAGCAAUAUUUAUUCAGCUAAUUGCACAUGGGGAAACACAGGGUUGUUUUUUUGUUGCCGAUGUUCGUUUGAAGCCUGAUUACCCCCCAACACCACCUCUACCCCUCUAUAGGGGGCUGAAUGUACCCCCAGGUUCCUCUCAAAGUUUGCUUGACCCCGGUCAUUUAGCCUGUGUGGAUUCACAGGGUCCUCAGAGGAGAGGGCUUUGUAGGGACAAGGAGGACUGCAGUAUGCAGAGGGACAACCAGGGAGAGGUUGGGAAAGGAGAGAGGCUUUGGGGUUGGGUGGGAAUCUGUAUGUGGAAGGGGGUGUUAGGGGAAGAGGUGGGCGUUCACAUCAAAAGAUGGGCAGCGCAUCCCCCACCCUUCCCACACACACAAGCACUCUCACUCUCCCUCACACACAAGUGUUCGUCUGCCUGAAUGAGAUACAUCAAAGCAGAGGCCUCUUGUCUUUGCCCCCUGUGCAUGCAGACACACACACACACAGACACACACUGGUCAAUGUCCCCUCAGCAGUGCGGUGGUGUAAACCGUCGGACAGUUGAAAGCGUGGCUGAGUAGGAGCCCCUCUCUGGGGACGACAGAACAGAAUGACCCUCUCUAGCUGUGGGACUGGGACCUGAGGGGCUACAGCUUCAUCAUAGCAGCAGGUAGACCUGGGGUGCCUCAGUAUUACAACAGUGGAAUUCUCUCUCGUUCCAUCUCCUCCCAUCACCUCUCCUCCCCUCAGUGUCAGCCAUUUUGAGGCGACACUGGAGGUUUUGGGGAAUCCCUACGGUGGCCUCUCAAGUGGGAGCAUGAGAUGGUGGGUCCAUGGUUUUAUUCCUCUUCUUUCCCACACUGGUGUGCAUAGGCUAUCCUAGAGGGCAUGUUGUUCCCAUGAGCACCACUGCUCUGUCCCUCUGCCCUCUACCCUAGAAGUCUACUAGAAUGUGCCUAGCUGUGUUAGUGAGCUGUGGCUUUGGGGAGGACAUAGCCAUGAAGUAUGGCAUCCCGAGUGGCGCAGUGGUCUAAGGCACUGCAUUGCAGUGAUAGCUGUGCCACUAGAGAUCCUGGUUCGAAUCCAGGCUCUGUCGUAGCCGGCCGCGACCGGGAGACCCAUGGGGCGGCGCACAAUUGGCCCAGCGUCGUCCAGGGUAGGGCAGGGAAUGGCCGGCAGGGAUGUAGCUCAGUUGGUAGAGCAUGGCGCUUGCAACACCAGGGUUGUUGGUUCGAUUCCCAUCGGAGACCAGUACGGAAGUCGCUCUGGAUAAGCGCAUCUGCUAUAUGACUAAAAUGUCAAAUGUUAAAAUGUAGAUCGAUAUGCGUUUUAUGAUUGUUUUUUUUGUGUGAGUUUUUCUUUUUUCUUUUUUUACUGACAGUGACAGCAGACCCAGCGGCCGGGCCGGCUGUGGUUCGCUAGUGGCCAGCUCCUUCCCAGCAGUUACAGAGCAUUUGGCCGCUGGCACUGACCAUCCUCUCCUCUCUGCUGGACGUUGUCCAUGGAGGCCUUAGCAUCCAUCACACACUCACUAAAAUAAGCCACAUCAUCCACAUCAUUAGUAUAGGAUCUGCAUCGCCAAGGCACCAUCCAACACAACAAGUUACCGUCCAGAUUUAGACAUGCUGGAUCCUAGUUCAUAGAUUCUAGCCUAUACAGAAGCCAAGGUGUAGUUGUGUAAACGACAAUGUUAGUGAAUGCUGUCAAUAAUUUCCGAGGACACUUGGAGGAACCCUUUUCAGAAAACCCCAAUGGCUAAAUCCAGCCCUAGUGAGUUGAGUUGAUGGGCAUCAGAGCAGCAGCAGGCUGGUUUGUUUUCUGGGGGAGUGGAUGGGAUGUGUGUAUGUAUUUAUGGAGCGGAGUGGUUAGUGUGGGUUUGUGCUGCGCUCCUACACUGAUUACAGGGCAGCCCCGACACACAACACCCCGCCGCGUGGUCUGUGGUACACGCCGCACUGCAGCCUCCAGGACCAGAGCAUGUGUGUGUGUGUGUAAGCUCAGGGUUGGAUGGUAAAGAGGGGACUAGAGUUGAGGGGGGAAGACACCAACUCUCUUUUUAUAGCUUGGGGUCCCUGCCCCAAAAACCUCAAGUUGACAUUAGCUCCAGUGUGCCUGAUGGCGGCUGAAUGAUGCGUGGCUAGCGCCUAACCUCAGCCAGAGUGUUUAUGCCAUAUUGCUUUGGGUUUAGGAAGGCAUAAGGAGGAGAUGGUCUCUCUCUCCAAGAGAAACAGGGGCACAGCACAUCGGUCCCUGCUUAGUCAUUUAUCUGACUAAUUUAUAAUGGAGCCUCUUCUAUUGCUUUGGGUUGUGUUCUCCACCAGCUUUCACUCUGACUGAAUCAUACUAGAAACUAAUGGGCCUCAAAGUUUGUCCCCAGAGUUUGUAAUUAAGAUGUUGGCUAGAGAGGUUAUUGGGUUAAUGUAAUCUUUGCAAUCUGUAAGGUUUUUACAUUGAUGUCCCUUAUGUACACAGUGGUGAAUGUUAAACCAAUUACUCCCAAAUUCAUCUUACGCCUGAACUAAAAAGAAUGCUCAUUGAAGAAUCUCCGUUAAAAGUGCUAGGCCUGGGGCCUCCCGAGUGGCGCAGCGGUCUAAGGCACUGCAUCGCAGUGCUUGAGGCGUCACUACAGACCCAGGCUGUGUCACAACCGGGAGUCAGAUAGGGCGGUGCACAAUUGGCCCAGCGUCGUCCGGGUUAGGGGAGGGUUUGACCGGGGCUCAUCGCGCUCUAGCGACUCCUUGUGGCAGGCCUGUUGAAUUAUGUUUCCUCCGACACUUUGGUGCAGCUGGCUUCCGGGUUAAGCGGGCGGGUGUUAAGAAGCGCGGUUUGGCGGGUCAUGUUUCGGAGGACGCAUGACUCGACCUUUGCCUCUCCCGAGCCUGUUGGGGAGUUGCAGCGAUGAGAUAAGAUCGAAAUUGGGGAGAAAAAGGGGGAAAAUACACCCCCAAAAAAGUGCUAGGCCUAAUGUCGGUCCAGGAAUAGGCUUGAGCCAGCCUGAUAUAUUUUUAUUUGGCACGCAUUACCCUUUGGUUUCUCUCUGUAUCCACUAGAGCACUAGCGCCAGUCUAUCAGUUCCUCCAGGUCUGUGUUGACAGAGCUUCAACAACAACAUCCCAUAGAAAGCCUCAGCAGAUAAAGCAGAAGAAAUCAGAGACUUGUAUUAUGUUCAUUCUAAGUCUCUUAGGUCCUGAUCUGCUGCUCUGAUAGCCGCCGUCAGUGUCCGGCUAUGGAGACUCUCUGUCUUUUUCCUCUCCUCUGACUCUUUUCUUUCUUUCUCUCUAUCCAUGUCUGAUCUCUUCCCCCUCUCUUGUCUCUGUGAAGUAAAGAGGACGGCACCACGCUCCACCGAAAAAGAGCAAGAGCGUGCAAGUCUGUAUCCGUCGGAGGUCCUUCCUCCAUUUCCUUCUCCCUCUUCCCUUAUUCCUUUCUUCCUCCGUGGCGCUCCCGGCCCUACCAGAUCGUCCUGGGGAUAAGAGAUACCUGCCAUUGCCGUGUUCACCUGUUUGGGUUCCGAUCGUCGCCCGUGGCGAGGGCCCCGAGUGUUUGGGGGAAUGCAGACAGGAACAAUAAAAGAGAGCGAGACAAAGCAGAGGGUUUUCAGAGGAUAGCAGCACUACUAAACCUCUAGAAGCCUAGGAUCUCUCUCUUUAGUGUUCAUUAGACAGCAGAGCAUUGAAGUCCCUUCUUGUUGUGACUACAGGUAGGAGUGGGGAAACCUAUUGAUCUCUGCCUCAGUCUCAACUGGGUUUGAGGAAUUCACUGAACAGGGGAUGUUGCUGGAAUUCGAUGGUUCUCAUAGUUAUAGAUGUUUGUUUGCUUGGUUGGACGUGGUUAGUGUGGCAAUUAAGAGGUGCCAUAAACUGAUACAUAUUAACACUGUGUUUAAGAGCCCAGACUGACUGGGUCUCUCCUCUCUAAUCAUUAGCCAUAGCAAAUGGGAUUUUCAAUCUCUCUGUGACCUGAAUAUGAGCUGUCUUUAGUGCCUUACCCAACAGGUCAUUUUUAAUAAAUGAGGGACUUUAUUGCUCACCUUUGAGCUCCAGAUACAGAGAGCAUUUUGUGCUUUAGUUCAGCUGUAGACACACGCACCGACACACACGCAGACACUCCCUCACACACACUCCCUUACCCACUAUCUCCCCUCUAUCUCUGUGCAGGGUGUCAGAAGCCAGUGGGGUUGUCGCGGGGCAAGGCCAAGGUGUGCUGCUACAGUGGCUGGUACUACUGCCAGAGCUGUCACCAAGACAACCUGUUCCUCAUCCCUGCCCGCCUGCUGCACAACUGGGACACCAACAGACACAAGGUGAGAAUCUAUGGUGAUAUAUGCACACAUUUCAGAAGUAUGUCCAGCAUAUUCAGAUACAGUAAACAUACAGAAACACUCUAAAAUACACUUGUGAACGUUCCUUAGUUACACAUGCUUAUCUUAAAUUGGGAAGUCGACCCAUGCACAGUAUAUGGUGGAGAAUAUGGCCAGGUUACAUUUUCCCUCCAAACAACCCCACGUGGUGCCACAACCCAAAACCAUACACAUACACACACAUACACAUAUGUACAGUUGAAGUCGGAAGUUUACAUACACUUAGGUUGGAGUCAUUAAAACUUGUUUUUCAACCACUCCACACAUUUCUUGUUAACAAACUAUAGUUUGUGCAUGACACAAGUAAUUUUUCCAACAAUUGUUUACAGACAGAUUAUUUCACUUAUAAUUCACUGUAUCACAAUUCCAGUGGGUCAAAAGUUUACAUACACUAAGUUCACUGUGCCUUUAAACAGCUUGGAAAAUUCCAGAAAAUGAUGUCAUGGCUUUAGAAGCUUCUGAUAGGCUAAUUGACAUCAUUUGAGUCAAUUGGAGGUGUACUUGUUGAUGUAUUUCAAGGCCUACCUUCAAACUCAGUGCCUCUUUGCUUGACAUCAUGGGAAAAUCAAAAGAAAUCAGCCAAGACCUCAAAAAACAUUGUAGACCUCCAAAAGUCUGGUUCAUACUUGGGAGCAAAUUCCAAAUGCCUGAAGGUACCACGUUCAUCUGUACAAGCAAUAGUACGCAAGUAUAAACACCAUGGGACCACACAGCCGUCAUACCGCUCAGGAAGGAGACGCGUUCUGUCUCCUAGAGAUUAACGUACUUUGGUGCGAAAAGUGCAAAUCAAUCCCAGAACAACAGCAAAGGACCUUGUGAAGAUGCUGGAGGAAACAGGUACAAAAGUAUCUAUAUCCAUAGUAAAACGAGUCCUAUAUCGACAUAACCUGAAAGGCCGCUCAGCAAGGAGGAAGCCACUGCUCCAAAACCGCCAUAAAAAAGACAGAUUACGGUUUGGGGACAAAGAUUGUACCUUUUGGAGAAAUGUCCUCUGGUCUGAUGAAACAAAAAUAGAACUGUUUGGCCAUAAUGACCAUCGUUAUGUUUGGAGGAAAAAGGGGGGUGAUUGCAAGCCGAAGAACACCAUCCCAACAUUGAAGCACGGGGGUGGCAGCAUCAUGCUGUGGGGGUGCUUUGCUGCAGGAGGGACUGGUGCACUUCACAAAAUAGAUGGCAUCAUGAGGAAGGAAAAUUACGUGGAUAUAUUGAAGCAACAUCUCAAAACAUCAGUCAAGAACUUAAAGCUUGGUCGCAAAUGGGUCUUCCAAAUGGACAAUGACCCCAAGCAUACUUACAGUGUUGUAGCAAAAUGGCUUAAGGACAAGAAAGUCAAGGUAUUGGAGUGGCCAUCACAAAGCCCUGACCUCAAUCCUAUAGAACAUUUGUGGGCAGAACUGAAAAAGCGUGUGCGAGCAAGGAGGCCUACAAACCUGACUCAGUUACACCAGCUCUGUCAGGAGGAAUGGGCCAAAAUUCACCCAACUUAUUUUGGGAAGCUUGUGGAAGGCUACCCGAAACGUUUGACCCAAGUUAAACAAUUUAAAGGCAAUGCUACCAAAUACUAAUUGAGUGUAUGUAAACCUAUGACCCACUGGGAAUGUAAUGAAAUAAAUAAAAGCUGAAAUAAAUCAUUCUCUCUACUAUUAUUCUGACAUUUCACAUUCUUAAAAUAAAGUGGAUAUCCUAACUGACCUAAGACAGCGAAUUUUUACUAGGAUUAAAUGUCAGGAAUUGUGAAAAACUGAGUUUAAAUGUAUUUGGCUAAGGUGUAUGUAAACUUCCAACUUCAACUGUAUGUAUACACAGUCAAAACCCCACAUCCCUAUGCGUUCUCCACCACUCAGCCCUCCCAUCCCUCCCCUGUGUGUGUCCUGUCCUGUCCAGGUGUCCAAGCAGGCCAAGGAGUUCCUGGAGUUUGUGUAUGAGGAACCCCUGCUGGACGUGCAGCAGCUGAACCCGUGUCUGUAUGAACACUGUGAAGGCCUGGCUGCAGUACUACGCCUGAGACAGCAGCUCCAGUCCCUCAGAGCAUACCUGUUCAGCUGCCGUGCUGCCGUUGCUGAGGACCUCCGUAGAAGGUGAGAGUGGGGGGGGGGGGGGGGGUAGAACCAGUUCCUCCUUAGAGCAUACCUGUUCAGCUGCUGCUCUGCCAGCCGAGGACCUCGGGGAGAGGGGCGUUGAAGGUGAGGGGCAGGGGAGAGGGGAGGAGUUAAAGAAUGAUUAAUCAAGGCCUUGAUUGUUAAUUGAGUCCGGUGUAUUAGCACUGAACUAAAACUCCCAAGACGUUAUUUUGUGACUACAGAUAUAAAGAGUUGUGAAUGGGCAAGAUGUUGUGGGGCCAAGACAGUGAAGGGUGAUGGAGGAAGAUCAAGGAGGAAGAGAGAGAAUGGUGUGUUAUGAGACUGGAAACUUCAAAGUAGGAUUUAAUAAAACACAUGAAUCUAGUGAAGAAGUUUGGAAUGGUAAUUGUAUGUCUGAUGUCCAUUGAAAGACCCUUUGUUGACUUCAUUCCUAGCCCAUGUUGAGUAUGAAUGUGUGAAUGUAGGCCUAAAGGCCUCUACAUGCUCUCUCUGUAUGAGGGGAUUGUGUUUAUGUGAGGGGGUCCAGACUAAAAGGCCUGUCUCUGGGGUGAUGGACGCUCACUGCCCUGGAUGGGGUCACUCCCAUGGACUGCAGACACUCUUCGUACCCCCUCCCCACACUAUACUCUUGUACUCGCACUUUGUGAAGUACACUCAACACAUCUCUAAAGAACUGGUUAGAAGCUUCUCAUAUUGUCCAGGUUAGUCACUUUGUUUUUAAAGACAGUCCUGGUCAAUAUACUAAAACUUGUCCUUCUUAUGUGUUUUUGAGAGUGUGACUGACAGGUUUAUGUCCUCUGUCUACAGUGAGUGUAGACUUUAGACCAUCCCAGGUUCACCUGUCCUUUUGACGUCUGUCUCUCUGCUGUGCUGAGGUCUGUUUGAAGUAGCCUACUGACAGAAACCAACAGAGAGGGCGGGGCUCUGAGACCCUCCUACUCCUCCACACACACAGACACACACACCCUGGGCCCACAGAGCUAUCCCAGCUGGCUGUCGGAAAGAAGGCGUGACUUUAUCUAGCCAUGAUGUUUACGGCAGUGGUGGUGAACCCGGAACGCUGCUCUCUCACCGGGGGCCCAUGUUUACCGCUACACCAUUAGCCCGCAGUGGCUAAUGCCCUGCACUUCAAAACACUACAGGAUUAAUGAGGCCGGUGGCGCUAAAACCUUCCCCCGGCCAUCCAUCGGCCCUCUAUAGGCCUACCAUGGCCCUGGAGAGGGCUAAAGGGCUAGGGAGCUUGGAGGAAGCCUGCCCUGUGUUUAUACUCAACCCCUGGGAGAGGGGAGAGAGCUGUCAUGGCCCACACCGCCUGCGCUGAUCUAACACACACCUCUGAACCCCACGGGUACCCCACACACACAAACACACGAAUGCAUACACACACAUAUUACACGCUCAGACACACAGAAAUACUGCACAUGUGUGGAUAGUCUGCACACAUACAUAUGAACACACAGGCAUGCACCAUACUGUUUACAGACAUUGUUCAUAGUUCACACUAAGUGUACAAUACUUUAUCUCCUCUCCUAUUCACAUAAGCCGAAGUCAGAACCUCCAUUAAACAGUGAACCUGUUGUAAUCAAUAUAUAAUAGUUGUAGCCUUAUCAAACCACACACUGACUGACUGGAUGUGAUCUUACCCCAGCAGGGUGUGCUGGUCAGUUACACUGCCAGAGCCAGCACUGAUACCCUCAGGAAGAGUCAACACUGCAGAAUCAACACUGUGUGUGUGUGUGUGUGUGUGUGUGUGUGUGUGUGUGUGUGUGUGUGUGUGUGUGUGUGUGUGACAGACGUGAUACAGUCCCGUCGAGGUGCUAAGUCACCACUGAUAAGUGUCCUCCUAGCUGGCUCUGCUCUGUUUGCUAGCCAUGCCUGUUUCUGGGGGUUACCACCACUGCAAACACUUGACCAAUGAGAGGAAAGGAGACGAGGAGAGAAGGAGAGUUACUGUCCAGCCCUUGUGGACAGACAGACAGGCAGACAGACCGACAGGCCGACAGGCAGGCAGGCAGGCCCCUGAGAAAAUGACACAGUCACAUAAACCAGGGGAUUUAGCAGGGAUUCACACGGCAGACUGGCCGGCUACUGGAUGUCUCUAUUGGAGGCUUAAAAACACUCAGGUUAGAUAUCAGAGUUAUGAUGCAGAUUUUUUUUUACCACUUUUUCUGUCUCCAGUGAUUUGUCGUUUUGGGAAGAGGUUCUCUGAGGGUAUGUUCUUUAGAACGUAGAACGAAGGUGCUUAUGAAGACCCAUAGUGGGUUGUCAUGUAAUUUGGCCAAAACAUAUUUUGCAGCAAUCAGGGUGAGAGGCAGGUAGUCUCCCCUAAAUAUGUCUGCAGUAGAGAUACGCCAUAUGCUCCUGCUUCUCUGAACAUACAGUUGAAGUCGGAAGUUUACAUACACCUUAGCCAAAUACAUUUCAACUCAGUUUUUCACAAUUCCUGACAUUUAAUCCUAGUAAAAAUGCCCUGUUUUAGGUCAGUUAGGAUCACCACUUUAUUUUAAGAAUUUGAAAUGUCAGGAUAAUAGUAGAAAUAAUUAUUUAUUUAAGCUUUUAUUUCUUUCAUCACAUUCCCAGUGGGUCAGAAGUUUACAUACACUCAAUUAGUAUUUGGUAGCAUUGCCUUUAAAUUGUUUAUCUUGGGUCAAACGUUUCGGGUAGCCUUCCAACAAUAAGUUGGGUGAAUUUUGUCCCAUUCCUCCUGACAGAGCUGGUUUAACUGAGUCAGGUUUGUAGGCCUCCUUGCUUGCGCACGCUUUUUCAGUUCUGCCCACAAAUGUUCUAAUGAACAUUGUUAUGUUUGGAGGAAAAAGGGGGUAAACUUGCAAGCCGAAGAACACCAUCCCAACCGUGAAGCACGGGGGUGGCAGCAUCAUGCUGUGGGGGUGCAUACUUCCAAAGUUGUGGCAAAAUGUCAGGGCUUUGUGAGGGCCACUCCAAUACCUUGACUUUGUUGUUCUUAAGCCAUUUUGCCACAACUUUGGAAGUAUGCUUGGGGUCGUUGUUCAUUUGGAAGACCCAUUUGCGACCAAGCUUUAACUUCCUGACUGAGGUCUUGAGAUGUUGCUUCAAUAUAUCCACAUAAUUUUCCUUCCUCAUGAUGCCAUCUAUUUUGUGAAGUGCACCAGUCCCUCCUGCAGCAAAGCACCCCCACAGCAUGAUGCUGCCACCCCCGUGCUUCACGGUUGGGAUGGUGUUCUUCAGCUUGCAAGUUUACCCCCUUUUUCCUCCAAACAUAACAAUGUUCAUUAUGGCCAAACAGUUCUAUUUUUGUUUCAUCAGACCAGAGGACAUUUCUCCAAAAAGUACGAGCUUUGUCCCCAUGUGCAGUUGCAAACCGUAGUCUGGUUUUUUUAUGGCGGUUUUGGAGCAGUGGCUUCUUCCUUGUUGAGCGGCCUUUCAGGUUAUGUCGAUAUAUGACUUGUUUUACUGUGGAUAUAGAUGCUUUUGUACCUGUUUCCUCCAGAAUCUUAACAAGGUCCUUUGCUGUUGUUCUGGGAUUGAUUUGCACUUUUCGCACCAAAGUACAUUAAUAUCUACGAGACAGAACACGUCUCCAUCCUGAGCGGUAUGACGGCUGCAUGGUCCCAUGGUGUUUAUACUUGCGUACUAUUGUUUGUACAGAUGAACGUGGUACCUUCAGGUGUUUGGAAAUUGCUCCCAAGGAUGAACCAGACUUGUGGAGGUCUACAAUUCUAUUUCUGAGGUCUUGGCUGAUUUCUUUUGAUUUUCCCAUUAUGUCAAGCAAAGAGGCACUGAGUUUGAAGGUAGGCCUUGAAAUACAUCCACAGGUACACCUCCAAUUGACUCAAAUUAUGUCAAUUAGCCUAUCAGAAGCUUCUAAAGCCAUGACAUCAUUUUCUGGAAUUUUCCAAUCUGUUUAAAGGCACAGUCAACUUAGUGUAUGUAAACUUCUGACCCACUGGAAUUGUGAUACAGUGAAUUAUAAGUGAAUGCACAAAGUAGAUUUCCUAACCGACUUGCCAAAACUAUAGUUUGUUAACAAGAAAUUUGUGGAGUGGUUGAAAAAUGAGUUUUAAUGACUCCAACCUAAGUGUAUGUAAACUUCCGACUUCAACUGUAACACUGAUAUCUUCCAAUUAAAGCUGUUUCUGUCCGUCUGCUGAACCCUGUACUGUAGCAGUUAGAUUAGUCAGUUAUGGCAUGGACUGUACAUUCUCUGGCUGUGUGUCUGGUAUGUAUGUAUGCUUUACUUUGUUCUGACUCUGGUUACGUUCCAUAUAGUACCCUUUUCUCUAUGAAGUGCACUACUGUUGACCAGGGCCCAUAGGGCUCUGAUCAAAAGUUGUGCACUAUGCAGGGAAUAGGGUGACAUUUGGGACGAAGCCUCUGACUGCUGGCUUCACUCUCUCAGUAGGGGCUAGUCUCUCUGACAGUUCAGCACUAAUGAAAGUCCCCCCACCUCUCUGUCUAUCGCUUACUGACUGAAAAGCUACACACACACACACACACACACACACACACACACACCUCCCUGGCUAUCUCUUAAUAACUAUAAAGCUUCCCACAAACACAUGAAAAGGGAAUUCAUCCUCAGCUAAACAAAUAGCCCGCCCUCUGAGCCUGUGUGUGUCUCUGUGCGUGCGAGCGUGCGCUCCUGCCUGCCCGCCCGCCUGUGUAUGUGUCAGGUUAGUGCUGUAAUGAAGCCUGUCUAAUGAGGCCUGAGGCUGAUGUGUGAAUGGGGCUUUGCUCUCUCUGACUGGACCUCUGCCAUGCCUCCUCUCACAAUGACCACAUAAAGCCUGCCUGUCUGUGGGCACACACACACACUGCCUCUAUAUCUGAACAAACUCAUACAUGCUUGUUCACACACACUCUCUAUCCCUCUCUCUCUCUGUUGAACACUGAUGUAUACACACACACAUUUCACGUAAUUUAUAUAGAUAUUGCAACCCCCUUCGGAUAAAAGCUUGCCAUAGAACCUGCAUAGAGCUGUGUAUGUGCACCUCUCUCCACUCUCAGGAGUCGUAUUAGGGCUGAGUGUGUACCUCCCUUCACAGUGUUAUUAGUGCCGAGAGUGAGUGCACCCAAAUUGUCCAUAUGAUCCCAUAUCUCCCCCUCUCCAUCUUCCACUCUACCUCUGUCUCUCUCUCUCUCACUAUGUCACUUUGUGGAUCCUUGAGCUGUAAUGUGAGCUGGCGUGGGCGAAAGUGUGUGUGUGAAUGAGUGUGUGUAUGUUUGUCUGAGUAUGUAUGCUAACGUUUGUGUGUAUGUAGUUUAGGCAGAUGAGCAUAGAGAGAGCUGUAGUAGCGAGACAGGCAGGAUGGAGAGAGCAGAGAGAGCAUCCCACUUCACCCCAUAAUAAGGCAGAGGGAUUUUAAACACCUAUUCCCCAGCCUCCACUGCCUCCCCAACCCAGCUCACACUCUGUUGAAUUGACCCCCAUUUUCAGGGCAAUUUGGCCACUCCUUGCCACAGUUACACAGGCCCGAUCAUGGCGUGUGUGUGAGACGUGAUUCAUAGUGUACAUUCUGUUAUCGUCCUAUAUGAAUCUGAACAUGAAAGCGCAGAAUCUUCCUGUCAUGUAUGAUAUACUCUCAUGUUGAUGCAUGGAUAUACUUUAAUGUUUAAUAUACUGUAUGAAAUACUGUCAUGUUUAAUGUAUGAUAUGCCAUUAAACGGUGUUCACAUUUACAUACGAGUACUUUGAAGCUCCCGGUCAGUUUAGUUAUAAUAUAAUAAUAAUAAUAUGCCAUUUAGCAGACGCUUUUAUCCAAAGCGACUUACAGUCAUGCGUGCAUACAUUUUUGUGUAUGGGUGGUCCCGGGGAUCGAACCCACUACCUUGGCGUUACAAGCGCCGUGCUCUACCAGCUGAGCUACAAAAUUACAAAAUAAAACAUGAAAAUAUAUGCACGCACUGCUGUAAAGCGUCUGUUAAAUGGUAUGUAUUAUUAUAUAUUAUGAAAGGAUAUAAGUUAUGGUUCUAAGAAAAUAUUCCAUUAAUUGAAUGAAUACAAAGAGGUCAAUCUAACUCUACCAAAACAAUGGAAAUGCCAUGGAAACGCGUGGGGGAAAGAUCCAGAAUCUCCUCAUUUCCCCCCAGCAAAAUUACCCUACAUUUAGGCUAUUGUUUAUAUGUGUAUUUCACACUAUGUUGAGGUAAAAAUUGAAGUAUAAUGCUUUUAUGGACGUCAACCCCAAUACAUGUUCAUUUCAUCGUCAAAACGACUUUGACUACCACCACCAAUUUCUGUAUGCUAACUAUGCUACCAGCUUGUACGAACGGGAGUUAGCAUUUAGCAGUCACUUCUUAUUAUCCUGAAAAGGACCAUUUCUAAAUGUUAUGCAGCGAAAACAGCCUGAUAGAUACAAAUCAGACUUUAGUAACCACAUUGUGGGCCUGUUGAUCAUAUUUGUUGAACGUGCAGCAAUCCAACGUCCUCCUUCUAUUCCCCACAGUCUGUGUUCCAUUGACCUCUUUACUGCAUCUAUGCAUUGACGUAAUGCUCUCUCUCUCCCCAUAGGAUCUUCCCCAGAGAAUACCUACUGCAACACAUCCACCUUUACUCACUGGCUGACCUGCAGCAGGUAAGACACGUAGGCUGAGUUUAGGUCAUGUCUAUACUUGAUAGUUCAUGCAGCUUUUGUAUUCUGAUCAUGGAGUUCUGAUCAUGGAAUUACGAACAUGUCAUGCUUCUACACCAGGGAUCAUCAACUAGAUUUUUGUCUUGAGCGGAUGGUCAGUGGGCCGGAAUAUAAUUACAAAUAAUUUGUAGACUGCAAAUUGACUGCAAGAAGCACAAACAGUUAUAAUAUUGGACUAAACCAUAAUAAUUUCAAACUUUUCUUACAUUUGUAUACGAUCAUGUGUCUCUCUAUUAUAUGUGGGAAUUCUUGGGAACAGGUAUCCUAAAUUAAAAUGACUUGGAGUUGAUUUCCUGGUGUUUUUACAACAAUGAAAAUUCAUUUAUUUUUUAUUAAUUUUUUUUUAAACUUUGGGGGCCAAAUAAAACCACCAGUAGGGGAACCCUGGUCUACACCUACAUUUUAAAUGUGUCUACCGUGUCCACAUUGUGUCCAGAUUCCCUUUCCCCACGCUAUAUUCAAAUGCCUGUAUGCAUUCUGCAAACGGUAGAAAAGGCUAAAUCUGAUAAUAACACAACAACAACUUGAUGGCAGUAGCCAACUACUGUAGCUAACUAGCCAGCCAACCUCUCUAACUAGCCAGCAAGCUAGCUAGCAAAGCUAAAGCGAUUGCAAACAGGUUAGCAAAACAAUUUUUCUAAAAAGCUAGCUGGCUAGCAUUUAUGAAGCCAUCAAACACAUUCCUCACAUGCUAGGAAUGCAUUUCCUCCAACGUUUAAAAGGAUACUUCGGGAUUUUAGCAAUGAGGCCCUUUAUCUACUUCCCCCAGAGUCAGAUGAACUCAGGGAUACCAUUUUUAUGUCUCUGUCUCCAGUAUGAAGGAAGUUAGAGGUAGUUUUGCGAGCCAAUGCUACCUAGUGUAUGCUAGCAGAUAGCAAUGGACUUCCAGUCCUUGUGCUAACGCUAGUUAGCAUUGGUUCACGAAACUACUUCUAACAUCCUUCUUAACUCUGGAGAAUUAGAUAAAGGGCUCAUUGCCAAAAUCCUGAAGUAUCCCUUUAUUAACCCCCUAAGGUCGAUCUAAUUAGCAUACUAUUUUUUUUCUUCUCCAUAGCAAUCUGGCAGUUUAAACUAGAGAUAUCUGUUUUUUUGCAUUGGAUGCAUCUGUCUCCCGCAUCCGCCUAUGUCACACUUCCAAAUUUUGGGGGGGACUAUCUGUUGUUCCAUGUAGUGAAUCUGUUAUUCAGUGCGUUUGUAUGAGCUAAUAGCAGUUUUUUUAAAUCAAAUUAUUUUUUCAUAUUUUUGGGGGGGGACUUCAAGGGUCUUAAAAUUCUAAAUCAAAUAGCAAAAUUAUCCUUGGUAUGACCUUCUUAAAACAAUUCCAUAUACACUAUAUAUACAAAAGUAUGUGGACACCCCUUCAAAUUUGUGGAUUUGGCUAUUUCAGCCACACCCUUUGCUGACAGGUGUAUAAAAUCGAGCACACAGCCAUGCAAUCUCCAUAGACAAACAUUGCCAGUAGAAUGGCCUUACUGAAGAGCUCAGUGACUUUCAAUGUGGCACCGUCAUAGGAUGUCACCUUUCCAACAAGUCAGUUAAUCAAAUUUCUGCCCUGCUAGAGCUGCCUCGGUCAACUGUAAGUGCUGUUAUUGUGAAGUGGAAACGUCUAGGAGCAACAACGGCUCAGCCACGAAGUGGUAGGCCACACAAGCUCACAGAACGGGAGUGCCGAUUGCUGAAGCACGUAGCGCGUAAAAAUCAUCUGUCCUCUGUUGCGACACUCAGUUCCAAACUGCCUCUGGAAGCAAUGUCACCACAAGAACUGUUCGUCAGGAGCUUCAUGAAAUGGGUUUCCAUGGCCGAGCAGCCUCACACAAGCCUAAGAUCACCAUGCGCAAUACUAAGUGUCAGCUGGAGUGGUGUAAAGCUCGCCGCCAUUGGACUAUGGAGCAGUGGAAAUGCGUUCUCUGGAGUGAUGAAUCACACUUCACCAUCUGGCAGUCUGACGGACAAAUCUGGGUUUGGCAGAUGCCAGGAGAACGCUACCUGCCCCAAUGCAUAGUGCCAACAGUAAAGUUUGUUGGAGGAGGAAUAAUGGUUUGGGGCUGUUUUUCAUGGUUCGGGCUAGGCCCCUUAGUUCCAGGGAAGGGAAAUCUUAACACUACAGUAUACAAUGACAUUCUAGACGAUUCUGUGCUUCCAACUUUGUGGCAACAGUUUCAGCAUGACAAUGCCCCCGUGCACAAAGCGAGGUCCAUACAGAAAUGGUUUGUCGAGAUCGGUGUGGAAGAACUUGACUGGACUGCACAGAGCCCUGACCUCAACCCCAUCGAAUAUCUUUGGGAUGAAUUGGAAUGCCGACUGCAAGCCAGGCCUAGUCACAUCAGUGCCCGACCUCACUAAUGCUCUUGUGGCUGAAUGGAAGCAAUGUUUCAACAUCUAGUGGAAAGCCUUCUCAGAGGAGUGGAGGCUGUUAUAGCAGCAAAGGCAAAGGGGGGACCAACUCCAUGUUAAUGCUCAUGAUUUUGGAAUGAGAUGUUCAAUGAGCAGGUGUCCACAUACUUUUAGUCAUUCAGUGGUGUACCCCUCUCUCGCUCGCUCUCUCUCUGACCCCCCCCCCCCCCCCCCCCCCCCCCCCCCCCUCCUCUCAACAACCCAGUGAGAGUCCACAGCCCUCUGCUACCCCUUCCCUGCUCCCUCCAUGUCCCCAUCUCCCCUUGGCCCGUUCACUAAUUACACACAUUCAGAAUCAACAGGCAGGAAAACAAGAGUGUGACAGUCCACCAUUCUUUCCUACAUCCGCUGGCCUGACACAGUCUCUCUCUUCCCCCUCUUUUGCUAUCCUUCUAUCUCCUUUCUCCUCCUCUUUACCCCCUCUAUACUUCUAUCCCCUCUCACCCCUCUCUCCAUCCCUCUCUCCCUCCCAAUCUCUCUCCCCCUCUGUCUCUCUUUCUCUCUCUAGGUCUGUGUGUGUCACUCUCACAUUCUCUAGUGGACUGCACACAACACUCAGCGAGGUUGUGAUGUCCAUGUCAAACAAACUAAAAGACGGCUCAAAGAUUACCUCAAGUUUAGGACACAGCAACAUGCUACUACAGACAUGCUGCUACAAGCAACUUACUCACUGCUUGACAACUGCUUUCAAAGUUACAAACAGCUCAACAAUUCAGUGAUUAACAAUGAUUAAUCAAUGGACGGCUGCAUUUGUUUUCCCCUUAAUCGAUUAAUUCGAUUAGAACCUAUUUGCCAAGUACACUUUCCCCCAUAUGUUUUCCCCCAUUAUCUCUCUCUCUAUCUCUCUCUCUCACUCACUCUCUUUGCUUCCUCUCUUACAGCUUCUUAAUUCGCUUUCCAUAUUAACGAGCUGUUUCUUUUAUUUCACCUGAAUAAUCAGAGCUCCUUCAUCAAGCCUGGCUUUUAUUGUUGCCCAGCGAGAUCAAUGAAGACUGAACCGUCUCUCCCUGGCUAGUUAUAGACUAGACCCAGUCCUUCAUAGAAAGCAGCAGUGCACUUGUCUCUUUGCUAUUGAACUCCCAACAAACGCGUCCUAUUUGGAGCAGCCUCCGUCUUUAAACCAUCAGACUGUUGGCCAUAUUUGUUUGCCCAGAGGCUGGACUUGUUUGGCUACUGGCCCUUUUGUUGCUGCAUUGAACCGUUUUUGCUUUUCCAGUUGUAAAGUAGUGGGAUGGGGAGAUGGGCUUGUUGUGGAGGACUGAGGAGUGCCAUAUAGAUGCUAAUUGUAUUGUGUGUCGUGUACCGGGGCAGCAGUCCUAGUCCUGCCAACGACCUACAAACAACUGGAGGGACAAAGGGGCAUUGAGCAGCCCCGGCCCGAAUUGCACGGUGGCCACGGUGACACGCACAUACGUGCAAUAGGGCAGAUUCCCACACUGACACUCUGGCAUGCAACUUACGCACAUCACAGGCUAUCUAGUAGCCACAUUGACGUAGACACAAGGACCAGACACUAGUAGAGACCAGACACUUUCUCAUAGGCACCCUGCAGGCAUAGACACAGACUUUAGGCAUGUAUGCCCUUACACUGGCACGCUCACUGGGUUAGGGGCAUGUUGGUCAUUUUGAGAGCUGUUGGUAAAUGGUAAUUAUGCAGCUUUUUCUUAACUGUAAGAUGUUGAUUUUAAACUCAAAAGUUGCACAUAUUUCUGCAUUUUAAAAUAACAAAGCUCAAACACCACUGCCUCCAAGUCCCACAUGCAUACAUAGACAUUCUUACUCUCUAUCUCUAUCUCUCACUCGCUCUCGUCCAUAAUCACACUCCCCACUACACGUCUUCCACAAUCAAACGCUCUCACUCACUGGCAGACGCACACACACACACACACACACACACACACACACACACACACACACACACACACACUGGGGCUGGUAGUAAUCCUGUUUGGUGAGAGGGGUGUUAUCCAAACAGAGCUCACCCUGUCUUUAUGUGUGUAAUCCGGGUGGCUUUCUGAGCAUCGCUAAUGGAGGCCCGGCCUUCAUCAGGGGAACACUGGGGAGGGAUAAAGUAGUGGAUGUUAAACAGAGGUUUUAGGGGAUUAAGCCUUUUGGACCACAAAGCCCCCCGCACGGGACAGGGCCAGAGGGGUGUGACUUUAUGAGGGGUGGGGGGUGAGGAGGAUUUGGUUGGGGGGUGUUGGUGGAAGGAGGUGGGGGGGAGGAAGGCAGCGAAGGAGGAAGGCAGCUGCAGGCAGGACAAACGAAUGGUGGCCCCUCUCCUCCCCACUCUGACUGCACCCCUUCCUCAGACUAGCUGUAGGUGGGGGGUCACUUCUCUGAGGAGAAUGUAUCCACCUGGUUGGCAAAGAAAGGGAAACCUAGGGCUACUGCCAUUUUCUGCUUUCUUUUUCUCCGAAAGCAUCUCCCAUUCACACCUCUCCUGCCAUUUCUCUCCCUUCAAUUCAAACUCUCUCCAUCUCUCUCCCUCUGCAACUUUCUCCUUCCCUCUGUCUCUUUCCAUCCUCUCUCCCUCCCUCUGUUUCCCUUAAUCUCCCUCUCUCCUUGUCCACUGAGCAUCAGUCCCAGUCAGAACCCGGUGUGGUGUGUUGCCAGCCGUUUCAUUCUGCUAAGCUAAAUUAUGGAGUGUCUUAAUUACCCCAGGUGUCAGCAUUGAUCAGGGGUGGCAUAUAUCAUCUGUGCUGGCCUUGGCUAGGGGAUGGGGCACGCACUGCCUGGCUGGCUGGCAGGCCGCUCUGCCUGACUGGCUCUCUGGAUUUCUGGCUGACUGACUGACUGAUUGGCUGCUCUGCCUGACUGGCUGCCUGCCUGCCUACUCCACACUACACACAGCCUUUGAUUGCUGGGCUAAAGCCUGACUCAUGUCACCAUGCUAAACAGCAUUAUUCACAGUGUUGUAGCUCUCUCAGACUGGGGUUGCCACAGCCUCCGGGCUGGAAGGAUGGAAAGAUGGAGGGAUGGUGUGGUGUGUUUUCAGCCACUGCUUGAAGAGUUAUAAGGACUGUUCCUGGUUGUCGCCCAUUCUCUAGGUAGUUAGUCAUGAGCUGUUAGUAUUACAUCAUGUAAUCUCUCAUUCUCUGUCCAAACCAAACAGACAUAACCUCCCCCUCCCCUGCAGAGUACCUUUUCAGUUAUCCAUCUCCAUUGUGUGUACGUAUGCAUGUGCGUGUGUAGGAGUGGGGGUCGGUGGGUUCUCCUCCUUUCUUCGUUCUCCUUUCUCCUUCAACCCCCUCCCUAUCCCCAUCCUCCUUCUUCAGCCUCUCCUUCCCUCUGUCCCUCUCUCUCUCUCUCGUCCUUUCUCCUUCUCUUCUCUCCUCCAGGCUGAAGAAUGCCUGGCAGGACUUAAUUGGUGCAGUCCCAGCGCUGCCAGGUGUAGCCACUUGUGUCUGCCCCCCAGCCUCCCUCAGUGUUCUCUGGAGGUCCACUCAGGCCAGGCCCAUUCCCUUCCCCAGCCCCAUUCAACAGAGCCACAAUGCUCUCUACCAGGCCCCCAUGAAUCAAAGGCCCUGCCGGUUUUAACUACUUGCCCGCCGGCCCAGUAAACGGCAUUCACAUAUAAUAUUUUGCUAAAACGGCCCCCCAAAAAAGUACUUCCCCCUCCGUUAUCCCCCCGCCCCCCAGGCCCCUCCAGCCAGCCUUUCUCCCAGGGCCUUCAUUAGUUUUGAUGUAAAUUCCCGAUGUGAAUUCCUGACGUGAACUCUUGUCCAUCUCCUCCCAGCGCUGCGCUGCAGUGGUUCCCGUUGGGACCUGUAUUAAAAGUGUUUAUCCUCCCAGGGAAAAUUCUGCUGUCUUCUUCUCUCUGUAUAGGAUAAUAUAUUACAGCAGUGCAUUCUUAUAGAUGGGAAAUAGAAUGGUUGAUUUAGAAUGAGAAUUUAGAAAAUGUAUAAUUUGUAUUCUAUAAUGUAGAAUGAGGAAGAGAAUGUUUUGGAAAGUACAUUGUAUUUCACUUAAUCCACUAUUCCUUUUUUUCCUUCUCUCUCUUCUCUGUCUAUCUCCAUCCCUCCUUCCUUCCUUCCCUACCUCUCUCUCUCUACAGGUGAUUGAUGGGAAGCUGGCCCCCUUUCUCUCCAAGGUGAUUAAGUUUGCCAGUUCCCACGUCUUCAGCUGCAGCCAGUGCAGAGAGAAGGGCUUCAUCUGUGAGAUGUGUCAGAACGGACAGGUCAUCUACCCCUUCCAGGAGAGCACCACCAAGAGGUGAGGCCCCUUUAUGCACCGAUAUAGGAUCAGCUUAAUACUCCCACAAUCUUAACCUUAUUAACUAUUCAAGGUAACAGAGAAAACUGAUCUCAGAUCAGCUACUUGCAUGAUGGCAUCCUGGAAGAAUGAAUGGAGUAAAGAGGAGUGUGUCUCUGUCUCUUGUUAGUUACACCGGCUGGCAGGGGCAUGGGUGACAGGGAGAACAUGGCACCCUGCUGGAGAGUAACAGUUAAUCCCCCUAGUGCCUCGCUCUAUCCCUGUUUCUGUCCUUGUCUCCCUCUGCCUGAGCCUUAUGACAUGCCACUGAUAAGGAAUGGCCCUCUCUCACCUCAGGGUGGUUUGAUGUCCCCUUUGCUGAGCCACAGAGUGGAGAGAACAUUGCAGGAAGGUGGAGAAGAGGAGAAAAGAGCACAGAGGAGAGGACAGCGUAGAGGACAGAGGAGAGGACAGCGUAGAGCACAGAGGAGAGGACAGCGUAGAGGACAGAGGAGAGGACAGCGUAGAGGACAGAGGAGAGGACAGCGUAGAGGACAGAGGAGAGGACAGCGUAGAGGACAGAGGAGAGGAGAGAUUGCCAGACGUGGCUGUGCUGCUCUAG